AUGCUCAAUAGAGUUAGCCUUAAGGCCAAAUUCCCCUCCCCCCCCGCCUCCACCUACGCCUUACUAGAGACUAGAUACAUUUUAAAGGGAGUGAGGCAUUAUACCCCAGGGAAAGCAGUGACCCCUAUACCUAGUACCAAACGUCUUUCUAAAGACAUAGCUGUCUGUAACAGAUCCCAGUAGUCCAGCUGAGUACAUCCGUGAAGAAUCUCCCAAGUCCCAAACGCUGUAGUGAUUAUAAGUGUGAAUAUACCUCCCAAUCCCCCAAACAUGAGCCUAGACUUCAUGAAGGGGUAAGACGAUCUGUUUAAUCCAGGCUCAAUGGCCUGCUUUUAUGCAGUACAAGGACACAGAAAAGACCCCUCGACACUCCCACACAAAACAAGGUAAUCCCUCCCCUGUGCCUGGGAGAUAAUUGAGUCAGGAACUGUACAAACUCAAUUAUCUCCAGGCACAGAAAAACAUAAAAUUUACAAACACCCCAAAAGUACCUUCAAAACUUCAUUAACACCCAAAGUCAAUUAUUUGACCGACCGGGCACAUGGUACUAUGCCCAAAACAGUUCCAUGAAAACAGGGCUAGCGGUUGGCCAACUUUGGUAACAUAAAAAUGAAUAAAAUACCGAACGUAGUCUCUAUUUGAACCAUGGAGCUUGUUCCCCUCAUCCAGACAAACAAUUCCACGGAACAGUGUUCUAUAGAAUCGAACGAAGGUGAUGAAGGAAGUCCAGCUGUGUUCGGAAGUUUCAGUGUCUGAUUCAGUGUCCAAUUAUAGUUCCAUUAUCUCAUCAUAUAUUAUUUUGUUUAAAAGUGUUGGUUGUACGAUGCUUUUUUACAACAGUGAGUCUGAGACAAAAAUAAAGAAUUUAAAUUAGUAUAUUUUAUUCCUUUUUAUUAGACUAGCAGAAUUUUGGAAUGGCAUACUUUCGUGAGAACGUCCCUUUAUAAAGUCUUUCUUAAAGGGACACUUAUUGUAGUUGUUCUUUCAGUAUAAUCAUUCCAUGCAGGCAUUUUCAUGUAAACACUGUCUUUUCAGAGAGAAGGCAGUGUUUACAUUGUCCCCUAGGGACACCUCCAGUGGCCACUCCUGGAGGUGAAUAGUGUGCAGCACUGCCAUUCAGCGUCUCCACGCUCUGCAUGGAGAUGCUGAACUUUCCUCAUAGAGAUGCAAUGAUUCAAUACAUCUCUAUGAGAAGGUGCUCAUUGGCCAAGCCGACAGUUGGACCCACACUUGUCCCACCUCCUUGCCCUAUGGGAAAGCAUAGGAUUGGCUAAAACCAUGAUGUCCUGAUGAUGUCAGCAAAGGGGCAGUUCUGGGGUGGGGCCAGCACCAGCAGACCCACUUGGCGCAGGAAGUAAGGUAAGUUUUUUCUUUUACCUUUUAAAGGGACUAAGGGGGGCAAGCCACAUAAGUGGUGGUUUUAACACUACAGGGUCAGUAAUACAUGUUGGUGUUUUUGACCCUAUAGUGUUUCUUUAAGUCUUUCUCACAGAAGAUUGUAAGUAUCUUGUGUUAUGAUCACAGGGUGAGGGAAGAGAGAGAAAGAAAAAACAAACAGAACCAAACAAACUAACAAACAAACAGUGCUGGAGAUGGUAGUAGAAGGGAGAGUUAAACAUAUAAUUACACAAUUACCAGAAUACAUAUACAAAAAUAAAUGCACGUACAUAUAAAUACACUCAAUGUGCACAAAUAUAUAUGCAUGCACACUUAUAUAUACAUCCAUACAAAGGGUACCAUUUUUAUAAUUUCAUUCCAAGUGUAUUUUGAUAUUACAUAUUUAAUAUGAUUCUAUAGUAUUUUAUAUAUUAUAUAAUAAUAUUAUUUUAAUAAUUAUAUACUAGGCGUCCAGCCUGACAACACAGAGAGAAAUACCAGAGAAAUUUCCAGACCGCACAAAAUCUGUACGUGGGGAAGGAGGACAGGGGGUACCUUUGUACUAGUGAGACAUCACUGAUCACAAAUAAAAGUGUUUUAGAGAAGUAAAACAUAUAAUAACAAUAAUAUCAUCGGUGAAAGUGCAGUUUGUUUGGUUAUUUUUAAAUGCAAAAGCACAGAUAUAGCUUUGGCCAGGGUUUGUGACUAAGUGGAUACUAAAAAAGGCUGGAUAUAUCCCAUUUUGAAUACCGUGGGUUGUCUACUUUCACAAAUGAUAUGCCAUCAUGGGGGUAACUCUCAUUCCUGGGCUGUCAUAUGGUCUCAACGCAACAUGAGCCCAGCAAACCCAUCUGGCAAAUUUCAAUGUGUAAAAAUGAAAUGGGAAAGCUCCUUAUUUGACCCUGUAACUUUCCAAAGCACCAUGAAAGCUGCACGUAGGAAGCAACGUUGUACUCAUGGGACAUCACAGCACACACAAAUAUGCGUGUUUUAAUUGCAGCUAACAGUAUUAGGACAUUUUCAGUUAAAAUGCCAUGCAGAACAUGGAAAAUAAAAAUGUUUUAAUUUCUCACACUUUUAUAGAUUUUAUUCUAUUAUUGAUGUGAAAUAAAAGCCCUAUUUCUUCUGAACAUAAUUAUAUAUAAUAAGUGUUGGUACACAUAAAUCAUGGUUUGAACAACAAAAUAGCUCAAUUUCUAGCUUUGCCAGAACUUGUAGAGCCAUACAUAAUUUAACUUUUAUCAGAAAAAAAGGCACAACUACUAAUCCUUCAUCCGUCAACCAGAUUUCUCAAAGUUUUUCCAGGCAUGGCACUUACACUUCUGAUAAGUGCUAUGCAAAUGUGGUCUACAUGAUUACCUGUAAUCUUUCACAUCCACUUUAUACAGUGGAUAUUAUUAUUAUUAUUAUUGAUAAAGCACCAACAAAUUCCACAGUGCUGUACAAUGUGUGGACUAACAAACUUAAUUUUAACUAGACGAGUUGGACGCACAGGCACAGAGGGUUAGAGGGCCCUGCUUAAAGCUUACAUGCUAGAGGGAGUGGGGUAAAGUGACACAAAAGGUAAGGAUAGUAUUAAAGAAGUAGAUUAGUAGAAUAGUAUUCACUGAAGACAGUGUGUUUUUUAAUGAGAUUUGCAGGAGAGGAAUCAGUUGAUAGCUAUAAACAGUUUAAUUGAUAUGCUUUUGUGAAGGAGUGAGGUUGUAAUAAUUUCUUGAAGGAGUGGAGACUUUUUGAAAGGGAAGCAAGUUCCACAGGAACGGUGCAGCCCUAGAGAAGUCUUGAAGGCGAGCAUCAGAGGUGGGAUUAUGAACCAGGGCCGGUGCAAGGAUUUUUGCAUUCCUAGGCGUAGAAGAGGAUCUCUGGAGACUGUUUGUAACAGUGCUCACAACAAAUUACGAACAGGAAGAAGCUCCAUUUUUUGGGGCCCCUUACACAGCUCUAUGUCUGGGCCCCCAGGGCCUGACCAUGUGUAUGCCUAAAAGACCUGCCCAUAAGACCACCUACAUGGCCUACCCAUGAGUUCGCUCACAGGGAUUGGAGUGUAUGUGUGUAGGGGAUGUGUUAUGUGUUACUAUAGAGGAUGUAAUGUGUGUGUGUUCCUAUGGAAUGUAGUGUAUAGGGAUACCAAUUUGUGUAAGGGAUGUAGUGUGUGUAUAGAGGAUGCAGUGUGUGUGUGUAUGUGUGUGUAAGGAAUUCAAGGUGUGUUUCUGUGUAUGUAAUUUAAUGCAGUGUGUAUCUGUAAGGGGUGCAUUGAGUUUGUGUUAGAGAUGCAUUUUGUUUCUCUGUGUGUGUGCAUAGGGGAUGCAUUGUGUGUUCUGGUGUGUCUGUGUGUGACUAGGGAUGCAUUGUGUAUGUGUGUAGUGUAAAAGAGAGGGUUUGUGGGGUAGGAUAGGGGGUGAGAGGGGAGCAGCUCUUUUUUAAAUAGUGCUCUCCCCUCCUAUCAAUUAGUGAUCUCCCCUCCCACCCCUCCUAUCCCUCAGUGUUCUCCCCUCCUGAUCCUUAGUGCUCUCCCUUGUUUAGUGCUUUCCCCACCCAUCCUGCCCCUUAGUGAUUUUUCCUGUACAUUAGUGAUCUCCUCUACCUCUCCAUCCUUAGAGCUCUCCCUGCUCCUGUCCCUUAGUGUCUCUCACCUAUCUUCCCUGUCCCUCAGUGUUUCUCUCCUCCCCCAACCCCUUAGUGGUCCUCCCUCUUCUCCUCCCCCCCCCCCUUAGUGGUCCUCCCUCUUGCCCCCUCUUACUCGUCCUCCCUCUCCCCCAACCCCUUAGUGGUCCUUCCUCUCUCCCCUCUACUGGUCCUCUCCAGUCCCCUCUUCCCCCCUUAAUGGUCCUCUCCUUGGUGGUCCUGACUGUCAGUCCGCCGGCGGCCUGGUACAGGAAACACAAGCUUCUGUACCGCAGUCCGCGCUUCCCGGCCACGCUACAUUGAGUGACUGGCAGGUGGGAGUGACUGCCUAAGUCGCCUAUAGGAUGUUCCGGCCCUGGUAUGAACAGAGGAUACAUGUACUCUAUUUAACAUGUUUUUUGAAGCAUAGCCUUGUUUAGAUUAUGUGAUAAAAAAAAAAACAUUCACAUACACAAUGUUUAAUUCUCAAAUGAAAUCACCAUCGGAAUGAGUCUUGAAUUGCGCAAACUCAAUUGUAAAUCAAUCAUGUUAUGUUAAAUAUACAUAAUGUCAGUUUUGGAAGUAAAAUGGUGUUACAAACGCCACUUAAGUGGUGCAAAAAUAUAAAAGGCUCGAAUGUGCCUGUUUGUUCUACUGGUUUCCAUGGUGAUACGUUUUAGAACUGAAUAUUAACACAUAUUAUAAAUGCUAUAAUGUCUUGCUGCCUAUUUAGGUCACCCCCUGCUGUGUGAGGGUUUGAAACAUGAGCUUUAUUUCUUUAUUUACUUCUCAUACUAUUGUGUCCUAUUAACUUUGACCUAUAUAUAUAUAUAUAUAUAUAUAUAUAUAUAUAUAUAUAUAUAAACUUUAUGAAUGGAGCAAUAUUAGCUAAGCUGUUUUGAGCAAUCAAAAAAUGCUGAAGAGGUCCCAGCCUUGAGUCUUCAGCAAUAAAUAUCACGGUGCUCACAUGCCCCUAACAAUGAUUCAUAAAACCACAGUCAGCCCAUUGUGGUCAUUAUGAUGGCAGGUUUGCCUUGGUGACCUCUUAGUGUAAGUAGUCAAAUUGUUUCAGAGCUGGGUACUAGCUACCUCCUCCUUGACCUUAGCUCUGCCAUGCAGUGCCAGAUCAUUGGUUAAGAGCAUCAGCUGCAUAUUCUCAGUCAGUGAGAGAGCUGUAGUUGUUAUAGUGCAUGAAUUGUACAUUUAAUACAAGAUUACUCCUACAAUAUGACCUCGACUAGCAAGAUGAUAUGCAUGUUUCUUCCUGAUCCCUAAAUGACAAUACAGCUGCAGAUACAUUUUAACUUGCUUUAGAGAACAGACGCUAUCUGCUCAUUAUCAUUGUCUGUAAUUGUUUUUAGGACAUCACCAAGUCAAACAAGGGACCUGUGAAGUUGUUGCAAUUCAUCGAUGUUGCAAUAAAAACAGGAUUGAAGAACGGUCCCAAACUGUGAAGUGCUCCUGUUUCCCCGGUCAGGUUGCUGGUACCACCAGGGCUAAGCCGUCAUGUGUGGAAGGUAAGAUGAAAUUAAAGUGUUACUUGUACAGUUGCCCAUGUAUGUUUGCACAAAGUCAUUUAUGUAACAAGAAGUUAAAAAAAUAUUGGCAAACAUGUUUCAGUGUUUAGAGCAAAACUUUCACAAAAUAAGUUUUCCAGUAUUUUGUUUUUAGUAUUUCCUGUUUGAAAGGUAACAAACACAAAUAAUUGCAGUUACUAUGUUUAUAAUAACUUAAUUUCCAACACACUUAAGUAUUAUAGCAAGCCUUUUGUUAGUUUUUAAAUUUUUUAAUUUAAUAUACUGCGUGUAAAAAUUUGAUUUAUUUCUCUAACAUUAAAAAUUAGUUCACAAAAGUUUAGUCUCAUUCUUCUCAUCAUUCAGUUGGAAAGAAAAAACUCAGUAUCUUCUUAAUUACAUAACUCUUUGAUAAUAGCAGCUGUAACAUGACAUAACCCAUAUGUCUAUACUCUGUCCAUACUCCCACAUCUGAUGCUCACCUCCAAGACUUCUCCAGGGCUGCAACUUAUCUGUGGAACUCCCUUCCCUUCUCCGUUACACUUUUUAACAGUGUCACCCUUUGUGUCACUAUACCCCACUCCCUCUAGCAUGUAAGCUCAUUGAGCCGGGCCCUCAACCCCUCUGUUCCUGUGCGUCCAUUUGUCUGGUUACAAUUACGUGUCUGUUAGUCCAUCCAUUGUACAGCGCUACGGAAUUUGCUGGCGCUAUAUAAAUAAUAAAAUAAUAAUAAUGCACAAUAUUUAUUUUAGCAAACUCUCUCCAACCUAACCACUAGGUGGCAGCAUGACCUAUGCUAGCUUCUGACUCAUUGACUAAUAUCCUAAAUAUUUUAGCAGUAGGUGCACACAUAGCUAAAAUUUAGCUGCUCUGUUAAUUGAAUGAGAUAAAGAAAAAAAAAAGUGGAUAUGACUAAUACCUAUAAAUAUAAGCAGUUGCACUUGAAAAAAAUAUGUAAAAUUGUACACCAAUAGCAUUCCUUUUUUUUUUAUUACCUUUACAUAUACUUUUGUUUGCCAUUAUUAAGUUUAUUACUUUCUAGAUCGUGUUUACAAUAAAUAAAUAAAAUUUCAACCAAUUUCAUCAUGGUUAAUCCCUAAACAUCAGAUUUUCUUAUUUACUAGAAAAAAAUAUAUUCGGAACCCGAGAAAAUCUGCAGCAAUCACAUUCAGUGUCUGGAUUAAAAUCUCACUUCCGAUCUCUAUACAAAAUAAAGUAUUUUUACAAAUAUACACAGAAAUAUAUAUACAGAAAUAUACACAAACCACUGACGUUAAUCAAAUUAAUGCACCCGAAUGCAUCUGGCAGGACAUUGCACAUUUACAAAUUAUCUUUAUUUUGUUUUGUUGUUAGUGAAUUGAUAGUACUAGUUGGCAAACAGUGAAAACCUUUUUGCAAUGCAAGGUUUAGUUAUGCUGCGGCUGACCAGCACUUGCUACGUUAAAAUUGUUAAAAGAAAAAAAAAAAAACCUACGGAAGUCAAUAAGACGCCCAUAUUACUAUAAGGGAGGUUUUGGAGAACCUAUGCCCCCACCUGCCGCAUGGUUUUGUGUAUCUACAAAACUUUAAAGACUAACAACUGAGCGGUUAUUGCUGGGCCCUCUAAAUGACAGAGCAAGCAUAGUGCCCCUCAUGCCCCUACCAGUGCUACAGUCUACCCCCAAAAUUUGUGGUAUUGUCCCUGCCUCAGGUGAAUAGGACUCCCCAAUAUCAUAGCCACCCCAUUAUAAUUAAAGGGACAUGCAUGAAGAGUGUGUCUUCUUUUUUCAUUUUAGAAACAGUGUAGAUUUUGAUAAAAAAUUGAAUUUUUAUAAAUUAUCCUUGUUACACCCUUAUUACUUCCUGGUUCCUUAGCUCAGUGGAGCUAAAUUCAAGAGGCAUCUUGGCCGGAGCAACUCCAUUGCAACGUCUUUUCAUUGAGCUGCAUUGGAGAGUCUGUAAUUGGAUAGUCACAUAACUUCUGAUCUUGGAUAGAAGGGUUGGAGAAGGGUGGGGGUGAGGGGGACAGAACUGCAGCUUAUGCUCUUUUUAGACCACAUUAAAAUACAUAAUCACAGCCACAACAGAACUCUUUAAAACAAACAAAAGAAAACACAAUCUGCGAAAAAGAAAAAAAAAAGAUCAGACUAAGCUUGCAUAGUGUUUUUUUCCACUCUAUGCAAUAUCAGUCAGAGUGCUCUCAAUCUGAGUGCUCUGACAGGCAAGCCUAACUUCUCUAGAAGUAUAUAGUAUUAUUAUUCAGGGCCUCACUUCUGAACAUACAGUAAUUAUUAGAACCCCCAACUGCUGCCAAUGAGUGGGGGCUGUGGUGGGGAUAUUAGGCCCUCCCUUUUUAUUAACAGAACCCGCAUGCGCUACACAGGGUGGGACAUUAGAUGCCCCCUUCUAUUAUAUUUAGAGCUCGCACUCGCCACCCAUGGCUGGGGGUUCGGUUGGGAACAUUAGGACAACCCCUCCUUCCUUUGUAUUACAUAUUUAAAGCCUCUACCCAUUGUCAAUGGGUGGUGACUGGGGUGGGCAUUAGAUUCCCCCAGUAUAAAAUUAAUAGCCCCAUCAGCUGUUUACAGGUGAGUUUGGAUUCAACCCCUUUUUUGUGUAAUUACUCCACCUGCUGGCUAGAGGUGGGGGCAGUUGGGUGGGCAGAAAUGGAGCCUUCCUAUUAAAUGGGCUGUAGUGACUGUACAGUUGAUAAUUUUUAAUGUUUAGUAGAUAUCCCUCAUUGCCAGAUGGGGGUCUGCAAUAAUGGCAUCUUAUUCACUCCCCAUAGACUUAUUAAUUAAUUACAUUGAUUUUUUUAUUUUUUUACUUUAAUGUGGCGACUGACACAGUGUUAACCCUCGCACUGCCGUGAGUUUGCCAGCAGGAAAAUAGUUUCUGAUUUUUCAGUUCGGGUUCCAGCCGUUCAGUUGGCGUUAAAACUGGGUGAAAUACAGAUCUAAUUCAGGCCUAUCCAGUGCAUGAACUGCAGAAUCUGGACAUUGUUGAAUGGCAUGAACAAUGUAUGAAUUUUGCAGUCUGAAUGGCCUUGUCUGCGGCCAAAUGGUUUUACCCCAGUGCAUCAGUCUCUAUGUGUCUUUAAAUGACAUAACUGUGAAAACGGCAUUUCCUUCACACUUGCAUGCUAGAAUGAAUGCAGCUAACACACCAUUGUGUAACGGUAAAAGUACAUGUGCAUGCAAAAUCACAUUUUUAAAUGAAUUUGCGUUUUUUUUCUCUGACUUAUUUUAAUAGGCUGUAGUUGCUGUAUUACAACAAGAAUUUGAUUAGAACACAUUUUUUAUGCCAGUAAGACACUUUCAGUUUUUUUUGGCACAAAACCAAUUGGCCAUCUGUCUUUAGCCACUGUAACAAAUAUGCUUUAUUUUCCAUGAUUGAAGAUACCUUGUUUAAAAUGUCAUAUUGUGUGUGAUAUAUCCCUUAAAGGAAGUGUUGAUAUAUUUUGUCUUCUCACUUUAAUAUUCCUGUCUGUGGGUAUAUUAGAAAUAUUUAUCUAGUCUAAUCUACUUUAGCUACAGUAGGCGAUGUACAAAUAAGAGUGGGAAGCUCUCGUCUACUCUCUAAUGAAUUUGUCCUUUUGAAUCAUACACAUUUAAAGUGUACAUAUUGCACAGAAAGAAAUCCCGCUCCUUAUGAAAGAAAAUAUAUUGUAGACAUUUAUCAAAAUAUAAAGCUUCAGAUCCAUAUCAGAGUACAUCUUCAAGACAGAAAAAAAGAUUAAUAUCUGGUUCACUACAGCACUAAUUUAUUUUGUCAAAGACGUGACGCUCGAGUGACAGUCUUUCUCGUCCCUGUGUGCAGUCUAUGUGAAGUCUUUGGGCUUGUAAUGUGAGAUAAAUGUGACACAUUUAGCAAAAUAUGGAGAAAAAGAACACAAGUUAUAUUUUCAUUUAACAUUUCAAUAUAUUUGUAUCUUAAAGCAUCCCAUUUAAUUGUGUUCUUUUCUUGGUACUGAGCAACAGUCAUUGACAGAAUUUAUAUUCAUUUUCAUCAUCAAGUAAGUACGUGGGUUUUAUGGUUAUAUGAGUCAGCACUGGAAGGUGUGAAUUGUGAUACAAUAUAAUAUUGGAGUUGUUAAUUUCUUGUUUUCAAUCUCUGUUUAUGAUAUUGUUAGACUGCUAUCUGCAAAGGUGGAGAAGACUGAUCAAAUUAAAAGGGACACUAUAGCACCCAGACCACUUCAGCUCAUUGAAGUAGUCUGGGUGCAGUGUCCUACGUCCCUUAACCCUGCAAUUGUAAUUAUUUCAGUUUCUGAGAGGGACAUCAGCGCUGGAAUCAGGUAAGUGACAGAAUGUAUUUUUAACCCUUUCUGCAUGACGGGGGGAGGGGCUGUGAGAAGGGUGGCAAUAUAGGGAGCUAUACUACCAGGAAAACAACUUUGUUUUUAGAUAAAGUUGUUUUUUUCUGAAUGAGAUCACAUUCUAUAGAUGUGCAACAAGUGUGCAGUGAGACAGUUAAAACAUGCCAGAAACACAGUGAUGGUAUCAGGUUCAAAUUGAUGUAGGGCCACUCAUUGCAACAGGACCAAGCAGUCUCAUGUUUUUUGGGGUUUUUUUGUGUGAUCUUCUUAUUCCAUUAAAUGCGGAGUAAGAUACAUUGUCAUAGUGUAGGCAGAAAUUACCUCUAUAAAACGGCUGUACAUCAAAAGAAACACUACCCAUUAACCCCUAAAGUGUCAGAUAUAUGAUGUGGAUAUUUUAUGCAUGUAUAGAGUCAACACAUGAUACACACAUAAUAUGCAUGAUAAAGCAGUGAAAAGUAAAGCCAUUUUUAUUUCUGGCUUAUACCCUAUACUCGUCAGAAUCAGAGGAAACAGUAAAGAACGUAUUAUCGGUCCUUAGAGUGGCUGGGUUAAAUGCAAGAUAACAAGAAAAAUUGUAAAUGGAAACAAGUCAAGGUCGGGAUUAGCGUGGUACAGAGAUAAAAAAAAAUAGCCAAGCUCAGGGUAAUGCAGUUACAUAGAGUCGAUUAAACAAGCCAAGGUCAAUACUAGUAAGUCAGAAACACAAUGAAAACUUGCUGAUCAGGAACCACAAUCGAAACCAUGACAGGACAAGGAUUAUGGGGUAAAAACACAAUUUAAGUGGUUAGGUGUACUUAGAUUUGUCCAUGUCGCUACUGCAUUCCUAAAAUGUGUGCUAACGAGGGUAUAGGAAUGAUGUGAUCUUACUGAAACUGUAAGUGAUGCUCCAAAUUUGCAGAAAAAGAGGUGUCCUGCAAGAGGGCAGCAUCUUCUAUGCGACCUGACUGAGAGUCACAUGUUUCAGUCUCCAGAUCAAUGCAGACUAAGGGAUUUAGGGGUAUUUAUUUUAGAUGAAUUAAAGGUAGGCAGACAGUGUAAUAGAGCAGCAGGAAAUGCUAGCAGAAUGCCUGGUUGUAUAAGGAGAGGUAUUAGCAGUAGAAAGAGGUAAGUGCUUAUGCCGUUGUACAGAACACUGGUGAGACCUCACUUGGAGUAUUGUACGCAGUACUGGAGACCGUAUCUCCAGAAGGAUAUUGAUACUUUAGAGAGAGUUCAGAGAAGGGCUACUAAACUGGUUCAUGGAUUGCAGGCUAAAACUUACCAGGAAAGGUUAAAGGAUCUCAACAUGUAUAGCUUGGAGGAAAGACGAGACAGGAGGGAUAUGAUAGAAACAUUUAAAUACAUAAAGGGAAUCAACACAGUAAAGAAGGAGACAAUAUUUAAAAGAAGAAAAACUACCACAACUAGAGGACACAGUCUUAAAUUAGAAGGGCAAAGGUUUAAAAAUAAUAUCAGGAAGUAUUACUUUACUGAGAGGGUAGUGGAUGCAUGGAAUAGCCUUCCAGCUGAAGUGGUAGAGGUUAACACAGUGAAGGACUUUAAGCAUGCGUGGGAUAGGCAUAAGGCUAUCCUAACUAUAAGAUAAGGCCAGGGACUAAUGAAAGUAUGUAGACAAUUGGUAGACUAGAUAGGCAGAAUGGUUCUUAUCUGCUAUCACAUUCUAUGUUUCUAUUCCCCUCUUAGAUGUCCUUUGUCCUAAAGUAAACAAGUACAGUCUUUCUAGCUUUCAUAACUAAACAUUUCCAUUCCUAAACAUUUUUGAAGCCUGCUUUUGCAUGUUUUCUAAUUAAUAUCCUUGCACCACAUAUUCAAGAUGUGGUGUCAUCAUAGUUUUAUAAAGGGGCAAUUGACUUUAUACUUUUACUAUUAUAAUUUACAUUUCAAUAGCCGAAGGGAUUCUAAAUAAUUGCAGAACACAUCAAAGAACCUCCCAGUCAUUGGGUAGCUCAGUCAUUUUAGAAUUUACCAUUUUAGUAUUGCCUGGAUUAGGCAUCCUGUCACAGGAAUCAUGAAGCCAGAAGGGCCCUGUUAAAAGCUAUGUCCAAACGUUAUUUUUCAAAGGUUCCUGUCUUAAGAACUAGUGAAAGCACCUUAAUUAAUUUGCCUUUCUAUGUCAACAAGAACAUUGUGAAUUAUUUUUAGCUUUACACAAACAAAUAUUUUCAUUUUCUCUCCUCUCAGACAAGCAAACAACAGAAAGGGCCAUUGCCAGCCUAUUUUUAAUGAAUCGAAAAUAGAAUUUAGUCCACAGUGUCAAAAAUAUAAUUUUAUCUCACAUAACUUUGACAUUUUAAUAUAAUUUUCUCAAACCCAUUUAUUGUUUUCUUUUUUUUUUGUGUCUGUGUCAUUUUUUUGUCUCUAUGUCAAGAUUUUAUAGUCAUUGAAAAAAUUGUGAUAAUGUGUUGUGUAUGAAAAGAUAUAUAUAUAUAUAUAUAUAUAUAUAUAUAUACAUAUGAUUGAAAAUCUCUCUAUAUCUAUGUCAAUGUUCUAAAGUAGAACACAGUCUAUGCAGUAGGAUAAGGGUACUCAACCUCAGGCCUCGAGGACAGCAGAUUUCUGUUUAUCAUUGCUUAAACAAAUUAAUUUGUUUGAAUUGUUUAGGUUGAUCAGCUAGUGUUUAAACAGAUAUAUCUUGAAACAAUCCAGACUUAUAUGCAGCCCUAGAAGAACGUAGUUGGAGAUUAUCAGAACCGCAAAAGGUUUGGCAGUCCAACAGGUUUAUUAACUAAAGUAAGAAUUGAAAGUGAAUUUGCAGUUUUUGUAAAACUGCUAAUAUUUUUAGAUUGCAGGGUUAAGGAUACAGGGCCACUGCACUCAGACCACUUCAGUGCAGUGUUAAUUUUGGCGGCAAAUUUCAAUUGAGUUUUAGUCAUAGUCUUUUGACUAAAAAGCCAUUUUAGUUUUAGUCAUAUUUUAGUCAUCUGAAUUGUUUUAGUUUUAGUCAUAUUUUAGUCGACUAAAUUUCCAGUAGAUUUUAGUCGACAGAAAUCUGAUGGGUUUAGUUAAAGCCUCUGUCUCUUUUGCCUCUUCCCAAGCCCCUCUGUGUCUCUUCGUGUCCUCCCAGCCCCUCUACGUGUCUCUCUCUCAAACCCUGAUCUGUCUCUUUUGCCCAUUUCACAGCCUCAUUGUGCAGUGUUAAUUUGGCAACAAAUUUCAAUUUUGUUAUAGUCAUAGUCUUUUGACUAAAACGCCAUUUUAGUUUUAGUCGAAGUUUAGUCAUAUGAAUUGUUUUAGUUUUAGUCUAGUUUUAGUCGACUAAAUCUAAAUAAUUUUAGUUGACAAAAUUAACACUGCUUCUGUGAGAUGAAGAGGUAUGGGUGCCUAUAAUGUCCCUUUAAUUUGAGGGGAGAAUAAUAUAUUAAGUUGCACAGUAAUGCGAGGAUAUAUACCUUAGUUGGCUAUAUUUCCACGAUUUUCAGAUUACACUAAAACCGUACCCAUAAAACAACAUUAUUCACUAAAAUGAGAAUACAAAGUGAAUUCAAAGUGAAUUUCAAAUUUUAGUUUAAAAUAGCCAAAUUGGAAAUAAUCUCUUUAACAGCCAUUCUUUCAGUUCAGCUAAUCUGAACUCACACUGGAAGAGUUUUCAUGAAAAAAAAAAAAACAACACAGCUAUAGGGAUAGAUAAAUCUAGCCCUGAAGUCGAAUUGGACUGAGUGGGUAAAUAGGGCUUAACUCAAAUUGAAGAAAAGUUGGAAAAUUAAGAAAAAACUGCAAGACGUACUCGAUAGAAAAACACUGGGGACACCAAAUACCCCACUAUUAGUAAAACAACAUUUAUAUUGGUAUCAGAAAACAUCAGAAUAGUCUUUAUUAGUAAUAAUUACAUCACAUGUAUACAGAUAAUGGUGAAAAGAAAAAACGUGAUUGUGAAGAAAUAAUGAUAAAAAGGGGAGAGCUACAUAGCCCACCACGCUCAGCCUCAUAAUCUCAGUAUAAAGCCCCUUGAAUAGAUCCAACUGUAAUUCUUCUAUUCCACAAUAUGAGACUUAUAGUCAACAUUAAACUAUGUAUUAAUUGUAUCUAUUUUGACUCCCACAGCUGUAAGAUUGUCUUCUGGCUAGAAAGUUAACCCCUUAAGGACACAUGACAUGCGUGACAUGUCGUGAUUCCCUUUUAUUCCAGUUUGGUCCUUAAGGGGUUAAAAAAUAACAAUGCCAGUAUGUAUAGUUUUACUAGUCUGUGGGGAUCGGGGAAAAGGGAAUAAAGUAUGAAAUAAGGAGCAAGAUGUUAAUUCAUAACAAACAGCUUGAAAAAGUUAGUUUAAAGCGGCACUGUCAUGGCCGAACCCAGGGUUUUUUUUAACCCCCCUCCCGACUACACUCCAUCUAAUAGUCACCCCCAAAUGCCCCUAAAUACCAAUUUUUUCCUCUUUAUUUUCUUCCCGGACCUAAGUCCUGGGCCCCGCCAUCUAUGUGUGGGUAGAUGGAAGUCCCUGUGGGACACGUCAUCUGCCCACACUAGAUAGCGCUGUGAAAUCCCUGCACAUGCAUAGUCAAACACUUGGGAAUGCGAACGGGAAUUUCAUCUCUUCAUUCAUUUGUCAGAAAGACAAAUAAAUUAAUAGAAAUUUCAAACGAAUGAAUGAAGACCUCUUCGUCCGUUUGUUUGGUUUAUUACAAGGAGGGAGCUACUGGCUCGCAGCUCCCUCCUUGUAAUAUGUAAAAAUAGAAGCGGAAGAGAGCAGUGCUCCCCGCUACUUCCUAAGUCCCCAUGUCCUCCCUCACGCUAUGGGUUCAAUAUGACCCCCAUAAUAGCAUAAGGGAGAUUAAAAUCUUUUAAAUGCCGCCAGUGGCUGCUCAAUGUUGUAAAAAAGAAACCAUGCCCCCUCUAACUAAUGGCAUCUAUUAACUAGCGGGAUGAUGUGCUCCGCGCGUGGGGGCUAUCUAUGUAAAGGUGGGACCCCAUGGUGGGACCCCAUGGCGCCGGGUGGAGGCCCUAAAUGAAAAUGGGGGGACCUAUUGUCCUCCCCCCAGCCCCCACCCAUGGGCGGCAGGUGGGGGCUAAGUGUAAAUACCCCCCAGGUGACUAGGGGUCCCCAAGCAACCAGUCACCUCCCCAACCAAAGAAAUUAAAUAAAUUCCUACCUACCCCCCUAACCCUAAAAAUAGUGAGGGGGGAAUGAGAAAACUAAAUACCUGUAAAUAAAAAAAUAACUUAUCAUUUGAGGUUUUCUUUUUUCUAAAAUCUUCUUUAUUCAGCCCCCAAAAAGGCCGAAUUAAAAUCCAUAAUACCCGUCGUACUUUGAAAAUAAAAUGAAAAAACCACGAAUGGACUAACUGCUCUCAUUCUGUUAGGACGCAAUUUGGUAGUUUUGCCGACGUUCGGGAAUACGGAAAGGAGGCAUGCGAGAACACGGAGGAAAGGUGAGAAUUGUGGGAAAAUUGCUUUGACCACAGGAAACGGAGCACACUUUGUUCCUCCGCUGGUCAAAGUUGGUCAAGCGUAGGAAACCUCCAUUAGACAAAGUAGUCCCUACUAUGUCUCAUGUUUUAAAUAAAACUAGAGCAGACAUGAAGAAAUGAAAAACAGAUCCUGAGAAAGGGAGAGAAGAGGAAGCGAUUAAAGAAAGGUAAGGUCGGUAUUACAGUGCCGCUUUAAGUGUAACUGCAAUUAGAACAAAAUAGUGAUCAGCAAUACCUGGAACAAAGCACUAUUAGAGUGUGUUAAGAAGCGGAGCGGACUACAUAUAUCCCCACCCUAAUUGGAAUAACACUUCACAGAAACUUCACACAACAUAUGUCCUAAUCAGGGUAUCAAGUGUACUAAUCCAAAAAGACCUCUUAUAAAGUAUUUGAGGAGAAUAGAAUAGGAGGUCACAAUGAAGAUAAACUAUAAAUGUGAUUUGAAAGCGAUAUCUGGGACAGAAAAUAUCUGCAGCAGGUCCCAAGUCAAUAUCGUGCCAAAUUGCACCUAGAUCGGGAUGUUAGCACACAGAGAGAUGUCCCUAUCCUGAUACCAAACAAAAGACGUAUAUGCAAAUUAUCCCCGUACACUAAUUCUAUAUCACAACAAAGAUACACUCCACUUUUGGUUCUCUACAAAUAAUGCCCUACAUCACAGUGCUACUGUACUGGAGUAGUGAAGGAGACUGAUGUCCCAAAUAAAGGGUAGAAAUCCCUCCCACUCCUCAUAAAGCCAACUCCAUACACCUUGCUGCUUCGAGGCAGCCCCACUGAAAACUAAAGUUAAUUCCAUAUAUAAGAGAUGGGUGCAUGGAAGGCUUUAUAGAUAUUCCUAUUAAAACAGCACAUACAUCUGUGGCGUCCACUCGACGCACAUUUCGGCACUGGAAUGAGCCUUUUUCAAGAGUAACCCGCUGGAACGAUCAUACUGGGCAUUUAAAGUUAUCAAUUCCACCUCUUGAUUGACAUUAUGCAGCCAAUGCACUUCGAGAAUGUCACAAGGGGCUUAGAAUGUCAGGAGGAAAGGAAUUUGUAAUCUAAAAAGUGCAGGCAUGCCUCCCUGUUUCAAUGUAUGGCGUGUCUGUCUCUAUAUAUUAACCCUUAACUGCAGGGACUUUGUGAAAACUGCCUUAUGGGCUAUAAGUAUUUUCCUUAUAUAUAUAUGUAUAUCUAGAGAGAUAUAGAACUUUACCUUCAGCAAUGUCACUAGCAGCCCAGAACACUUUCAAUGUAGCCCCCCCACCACCACCCCAGCCACCAUACCUUUAAGGUAUAAAAAGACAUGCAAAUAUUGGAUGCAUCUUUUUUUCCUAGCUAUAUUAUUAAUUUGUCUUAUUUUGUGGAUAUAAUCAAAAGUAAAACCAUGAGACAAAAAAAGAUUUAAAAAAAAUUAUAAUAAUCUACACGUGGAAUAAGAAGUGGAGAAAAACAUAAUAUUCUGGUGCUUUACAGAAAAGGUGGAAAAAAUCACCAGUUUAUAAACGGUAUUAAUGGUUUUAUACCUAAGAAAGUGAUGCAUGUGCUUAAACCUAGUGCAAAAAAUGAAAGUGAAUGUGACAAUUUUUAUACAUAAUCACCUAUAUUCAUAAUAAUGCCCCAACACCUGUGUCCACUUUAAAAAAAAAAAAACACCAAAAAAAAUAACAAAACACAGAUGGAGCAAUUUUAUUUUUAGCCUGUAAUUUAAAUGUUAUCUUUGCAAAUAAGUUAAUUAAUAUAUUAGGAAACCACAACAAAAGCAAUUCGGGAUAUGGCUGUGUAAAUCUACAGAGAAAACAUAAAACAAGACAUAGUGUGAUAUUGUUACAAACUACAAUAUUCUGUGCGCAGCAAUCUUUUGCACUCACUAGAUGUAGGCAAGUAUAAGCGCUCUUAGGAUGCCUCCCCCCGGUAUAGUGGGGGGCCAACCAAUACUUCUGAUCACCUCCGGAUUCUUAUUCCACCAAGAGACAUCCAAAGGUCAGGGUAAAAAAAUAUAUAUAGAAAAUGUAUUCAAUAAAACGUAUUUUUUAUUGAAUAAAUUUUCUAUAUAUUUUAUAAAUCUUCUAUAUAUUUUAUAAAUCUUCUAUAUAUUUUAUAAAUUUUCUAUAUAUUUUAUAAAUGUUCUAUAUAUUUUAUUGGUUGGCCCCCUGGUAUAGUGAGGGGCCAACCAAUACUUCUGAUCACCUCUGGAUUCUUAUUCCACCAAGAGACAUCCACAGGUCAGGGUAAAACAAAUAUAUAGAAAAUGUAUUCAAUAAAAAAUAUUUUUUAUUGAACACAUUUUCUAUAUAUUUUUUUUACCCUGACCUUUGGAUGUCUCUUGGUGGAAUAAGAAUCCGGAGGUGAUCAGAAGUAUUGGUUGGCCCCUCGCUAUACCAGGGGGAGGCAUCCUAAGAGCGCUUAUUCUUGCCUACAUCUAGUGAGUGCAAAAGAUUGCUGUGCACAGAAUAUUGUAUUUUGUAACAAUAUCACACUAUGUCUUGUUUUAUGUUUUCUCUAUAGAUUUACACAGCCAUAUCGCUAAUUGCUUUUGUUUUGGUUUCCUAUAUGUGAUAUAGGUCGUUUUUUCGGGUAACAACCUAGGGAGGCUGUUACACAUUAUUUAAAGCUAAGUAUUAUCGUUUGAUAUAUUUUUACUAUUUGUAUAUUUUGGUGAUAUACUUGUUAGUUAUAAUUAAUAUAUUAAACUGAACAUGUGCAUAUAUUUUAUGUAAUGUUCUCUAUUUGCACUUGGUGGGCAGUUAUUGAGCAGAAUAAAAUCUUUUUUUCUGCUUUACCCUUUGCAAUGUCCCUCUACUCAUAAUCUGGCCAUAUGUGAUGCAUUGUAUUAGGGUUAUUAAAAUAACAAUUUGUUUUCCUAUUAAGAUGCAUUACACCUGCCCAGGAAAUGUAUGAUGUUAAAAUGGAAACUACAUAGUCAUGCACAAAAUGAGUCCUAAAGAAAGGAAAAAUAAAAUUGUAUAAUCUGAGGUGAUCAAAUGCAAUAAGUUAUUUUUUUUUCUAUACCUUCUGUCACCCGAACUGUCACCCGCUCCAAUAGCUUUAAUCCUAAAUUUUUCAUACAACAAAAAUAUGUGACAGAGCCAGGGACAUGCAACAGCUGUUGCUGAACUAUAACUAUAAAGUAAUCAUUUUUCUUUCUAUCUAUCUAUCACUCAUCCCACAAAAGUUAGCGUAAGUUGUGCCCAUUCACAAGAAAGGUAGGAGGGAGGAGUUGGUCAACUAUAGGCCAGUAAGCCUUACUUCUGUAGUGGGGAAAGUAAUGGAAACCAUGUUAAAGAAUCGGAUUGUUGAACAUCUAAAAACACAUGGAUUUUAAGAUCAGAGACAACAUGGGUUUACUUCCGGGAGAUCAUGCCAAACUAAUCUUAUUGAUUUUUUUGAUUGGGUAACUAAAAUUAUAGAUCAGGGUGGUGCAGUAGACAUUGCUUACCUAGAUUUCAGUAAGGCUAUUGACACUGUUGCACAUAGAACGCUUAUCAAUAAACUGCAAUCUUUAAGUUUGGAUUCCAAUAUUGUUGAAUGAGUAAGGCAGUGGCUGAGUGACAGGCAACAGAGGGUUGUAGUCAAUGGAGUAUAUUCGAAACAUGUGUUUGUCACCAGUGGGGUACCGCAGGGAUCUGUACUUGGACCCAUUCUCUUUAAUAUUUUUAUUAGUGAUAUUGCAGCAGGUCUUUAUGGUAAGGUAUGUCUUUUUGCUGAUGAUACUAAGAUAUGUAACAAGGUUGAUGUUCCAGGAGGGGUAAGUCAAAUGACAAAUGAUUUAGGUAAACUAGAAAAAUGGUCAGAGUUGUGGCCGCUGACAUUUAAUGUGGAUAAGUGCAAGAUAAUGCAUCUUGGACGUAGAAACCGAAGGGCAGAGUACAGAAUAUUUGAUAGAGUCCUAACCUCAACAUCAGAGGGAAGGGAUUUAGGGGUGAUUAUUUCUGAUGGCUUAAAAUUAGGCAGACAAUGUAAUAGAGAAGCAGGAAAUGCUAGCAGAAUGUUUGGUUGUAUAGGGAGAGGUAUCAAUGGGAUAGGCAUAAGGCUAUCCUAGCUAUAAGAUAAGGCCAGGGACUAAUGAAAGUAUUUAGAAAAUUGGGCAGACUAGAUGGGCCAAAUGGUUCUUAUCUGCUGUCACAUUCUAUGUUUCUAUCUUUGCUAUUGGAAUUAUUUAUUAAAACUAUGCAGACAUUUUAUUUAAAAAAUAGCAAGUAAUUAAUUAAAAUACAUAAAAGCAAAAUAGAAAUAUAUACAUACAGCCACCAACCUAUAAAGUGCAGGGUAUAAGGUAUAUCUAUAUAAACACAUACCCUAAUCAGUGACAGGAGUAUUUGACUAGAGUAAAUGGGAGAAAAAAAUAGAAACUAUAUAGUGUAAAACCAUAUAGUAUAGGAAUAUGCAAAACAAUGAUAAUGAUUGAACGAACAUGGAAAUGAGCCUCAAAAGGCAGGCUCAGAUCAAAUACGUGAUCAAAACAGUGACCUGGAGAAACUGAAGCUUUUUAAAAAAAAUUAUAUUAAUGAUCACUUUAAAAAUAUAUAAAUAAUAAUUUAUCCCUUAUAGUGCCUAUCCCAGAAAUGUGCUAAAUUGACAGAGAAAUAAUCGUAUCUGUUUUGCACAUAAUAUUUCUUGACAUCAACUCUAUAACAUCAUCUACUACAAUAAAUGAAUACUUUGUUACUUCCGCUCCACUGCUCUGUGUUAUGUAUCCACUAAUGAUAUUUCCUGUUGAUUCUCAAUCUGUUUCAUUGUAAAACAAGGCAAUUCAUCUCUUUUUCAUGUUCAUUUUCUUAACAGAAUUUUAAAUCAUCUAUGAAUAAGGUUUCCAGAAAUAUGUUCAUGCACGCUUUCAAUUAUUUCUUGCACAUUUUUUAUGUGACACUUUCAUAAAUACCAAUAUGUGUUUUGCAUUUGUCAAGCAUGAUAUUUUAAUAGAGUUUGAUUGUGAAAUGUGGAAGAAAGCCUGUCUCAAGUUAAAUAAAACAUUCCUUAGGUUGAAAGGGCAAACAGAAGGUACGAUUUGAAGCAAAUAAUGUAUAAUUCAUCUGGCUCGUAAAGUUCCAUUAUAUCAUGUGACUUAGGAAGAAGGGUGGUUGUCAUUUAAUAACGGGAUGCAGGGUGGUUGUCAUUUAAUACCAGGAAGCAGGGCGGUUGCCAUUUAAUACCAGGAAGUAGGGUGGUUGUCAUGUAAUACCAGGAAGCAGGGCGGUUGUCAUUUAAUACCAGGAAGUAGGGCGGUUGUCAUUUAAUACCAGGAAGUAGGGUGGUGGUCAUUUAAUACCAGGAAGUAGAGCGGUUGUCAUUUAAUACCAGGAAGUAGGGCAGUUGUCAUUAAAUACCAGGAAGUAGGAUGGUUGUCAUUUUAUACCAGGAAGUAGGGCGGUUGUCAUUUAAUACCAGGAAGUAUGGUGGUUGUCAUGUAAUACCAGGAAGCAGGGCGGUUGUCAUUUAAUACCAGGAAGUAGGGCAGUUGUCAUUAAAUACCAGGAAGUAGGAUGGUUGUCAUUUUAUACCAGGAAGUAGGAUUUUUGUAAUUUAAUACUAGAAGUUAGACUUCCUUCUGAUAUGUAGCAAAGGAAAAGGAACCGCAUUCAAUUCCACUCGACACUGGGUGCAUUGAAGAAGGACCAACAAAUCCAGUAUAGGUAUAGCAAUAAAAGAGACAAUAUUUUCAGGCACUCACAGUGCUCAAGCCACAGGCAGAAUUAUUGGCUCAAAAGGGCAAAGUAACUUUUCAACCUGCUAAGAAGUCUUUGUCAAGCUUGACAAAGACCUCUUAGCAGGUCGAAACGUUGCUAUGAACUUGAGGGACUUGUAGUCUUUUUUCAGCCUAUAUUACUGUGUAAUUAUUUUACUUUACUAUACAUGCUAAACUAUAAAAAAAUCCCCUUGAUAUCCAGCCAAUGGUGAUGAGAUGUAUAUUGCAGCAACAUCUUUCGUGAUUAACAUGAUUGUUUACAAAACUAUUUUAAUGAUUAUAUUGCAAUUAUCAGUUCCACAUCUACAAAAAGAUCUUACCGCAACUGCAGGUUUGACAAAAGUUAUUUUCUCCUGCCUUACACUAACAAGUUACAGUUUAUUUGUCUUCCUCUGCCUGUUCUUUGCCCUAAAUAUGCUUUCUCAGUUUUAGAAAGAAUAUAUUAGGCCAAGGUAGCAUCUUCUGAUAGAGCAAUUUAUCUUUCUCUAUGUCUUGCACACUGCAUUGUACUCAGGCACGCUCUUUCGCACUAUUGUCACUUUUCAUUUAUCUCCUCUUUCACAGUUUUGUGAUCCUCCCAGAGUUUUCAUCACAACAGACAUAUUUCUCUGAAAUAUUUUCAGCAGACACAGAGCUGCAUCUUUCAAGUCAAAUGAGCUUUUAAGACAGAAAGCUUUCUUUUCAAAUUUCCUCUUUAUUUAUAUAUGGCAUCACAAUGAAUAAAAAUCUGUUACUCAAUUUUUAGCUUAUUACUUGUAUAAUCACCUCAACAAGUUAAAUUUCAAUCAUUGUUUUAAGUUGAACCGAUGGCUGCUUUAGAGUUUGCAAGAUUCAAACAUUUGAUAAGCCAAUCAUUAAAAUAAUAUCAUUGGUAUCAGUACUGGAACUUUACUGAGUGCCCUGGAGCAAGAUUUUUUUCUGACUACAGUACCAAUCCAGACAAUUAACCUCUAAUUCCCCAAAAAUGUCCUCACUUGCCACUGCCAAAUAACUGACUCUAUAGUCACAAAACACUAGAUCCCUAUUCCAAAUAACCAUCUCCCUUCCCAGUUUAGAUUGGAAGAUUCCACGGCUAACUCCCAUCUCUCCCCAAAAAAGAUGGCCACAUUCCUCUUCCAUUUAACUCUUUCCCACAAAUAGACCUUCUCAUAAUCCUUGAUCUUCUCACACUGCGGCAGGGCCCUACGCUGACUCUUAAAGUGUUGACCAGACUUCUCCUGACCCUAACUGAAUGGAUCCAACUGUUAGCUAAGUAGGGCCCUUUCCAUUCACAUACACACUCCAUGCAAUCUCUCCAUGCAGUUCACAGACAUAAUUUUGUGUAGUACACAGGGACUACUAUGCAAUUCAGUCACCCUCCAUGCAAUUGACAUCCACAGACACACUCCAAUCUAUGCAGUUCAGACACACUCUAUGCAGUUCAUAGACGACUCAUGCAGUUCACACACACCACAUGUCUGAAAUGUUGUUGGCAAAUUAAAUUAAUUUAAUUUAAUGAAUUAACAUAUAAAGAUAGCAAACAGCCCUUCCUAGCCAGACCUCAAGUCCCAGUGCUCUUAUUUUUCUAUUGACAGACAGGUUGACUCACUCAGUUACCUCAGGGUAAGGCUGAGGACCAAGGCCACACCCAGAGCAGGCUGAACAAAUUGCUUCCUUUGUAAUUCCACCCAGAGACAGCCUGCAUUCUAAAGUGCGAAGGAACACGAUAGAAGUAUCAACUGACUUAACAUCAAUUGCUUCCUCUUGCUCAAGGGACCUCUCCUGAUAGUAAUAAAGAAAACUGGGUGUUCAUUUACCUCAGCUUACCACUGCAGGACCCUCACUGCUCUCUAUCCAUGAUGGGUAGCCAAGAGUGGGCCCCUUAGCACUGGCGGGCCCUUGUGCCAUUGCACCUGCAGUAGUUCCACCCCUAGUUCCACCCCUGAUUGGUAAGACUAUUGAAACAAUGGCUACUCUUUUGAAAAUAAACAAAGUGAUGGCAAAUAAAAUGCUAUAAUAUAGUUAGGAGUGUUUUUGCUGCUAUACGUCUCCACCAAUGUCUGACUGCUCCUGAGAUAGUUGGAUGAUCUAAGUAGGAGCUGCCAUCUCCAGCAUAAUGAGACUCUUCUCAUUCUUCCUGGUCUUUCUAUAUACUAAUGAUAGGAACUGCAGUAUGCAACAAGACAAAUCUCUUCCUCAGCAGACCCACUUCUCGAGUUUAUAGUAAGAUAUAGCUAUGAACUGCAGUGUGCAUCAUGACAAAUCUCCCACUCUGCAAGCAUCCUGCUCUUGUCAUAUCACCCAGAUAGGAGCUGCAGCCUUAAAUGUAGUUAGUCCCCACCCAUACACAGCCUGCUUUUAACAUGUAUAGCAUCAUAUAACCCAGGGGUAGGCACACUUCAUCAUUCCCAUAAUUCUUUUACAGCUAUAUUGCUUGCAAAGCAUUACGGGAGCUGUAGUCCAUAACAUCUGGAGUGCUGACGGUCGCCCACCCCUGAGUCACAAGUGUCAGACUGCAAUACAACAAAUAUCCCCAUCAGUUUUUCCACUACUUGCACCUGUCGGGUGGUAAAAGUAGGAGAUGCCAUCUUCAAUGCAAUAAGUCUUAGGUCAACUUGCUUCCAUUGCAUUGCAAAUGACACAUAACAGAGACUAAAACAUCAGAUUAGUCACCAUUUAUCAUAGAUAGACACUGAUUAGAGCUUCACAUUUUGCCUACUUCCCACUCUUGUCACUUAGCAGUUGAAACUGUUUCAAUACCCAUGUACAAUCGCACGCAUGCACAUAACUUCCCCAUUGCUGGAUAUGCUUGUUUAGCAUAUUUAUCAAUAUUUAUUAUAAAAUUAUGCAGUUAUAUUUUUGCUCUGUUAUUGAUUUGGGAUUGUGUCUAGCAUUGUAAGUUAGAGCCUCGUUUGACUACAUUAUAAACAAUAUAAACAGGUUCAGAAAAAAAGGGGAAUAGUAAGAUUAAAGCGGCAAAGUGCCCAUGGUCAAAUUACUUUUAAGCAUCGAUGUCACCUGUUCUCCUUUGCUCACCUUCUAUGUCUCUCUAGGCUCUUAAAGGACCACUAUAGUGCCAGGAAAACAUACUCGUUUUCCUGGCACUAUAGUGCCCUGAGGGUGCCCCCACCCUCAGGGUCCCCCUCCCGCCCGGCUCUGGGGAGAGGAAAGGGGUAAAACUUACCUUUUUCCAGCACUGGGCGGGGCUCUCUGCCUCCUCUCCUCCUCCGAUCCGCCCGUCGCCUGCGUCGCGGCAAAACAGCGCAUUCAGCUGUCAUAGGAAAGCAUUUAUAAUGCUUUCCUAUGGAUGUUCGUGCUCUCACUGUGAUUUUCACAGUGAGAAGCACGCAAGCGCCUCUAGCUGCUGUCAAUGAGACAGCCGCUAGAGGCUUUGGGGGAAGGCUUAACCCAUUCAUAAACAUAGCAGUUUCUCUGAAACUGCUAUGUUUAUUAAAAAAUGGGUUAACCCUAGAAGGACCUGGCACCCAGACCACUUCAUUAAGCUGAAGUGGUCUGGGUGCCUAGAGUGGUCCUUUAACAAGCCAAUAUCAUGCAUCUACCUCCUGUCCAUGGAUCAAGUGUUUGGCUUCCUCACACUAUAAUAUUAAUGAUGGCUAAUCCUUUGACCAGCUAGAAACAUCUACUGUUUCAAGGUUCACAAAGACACACUUUUAAAGAUGGCUCCAAGGAUACACAUUUGUUAGGUAGAAUAUGAAGGUUUUGUUAUAGUUAUACUAGGUGAGUUUUUAGAGGGUUAAAAAAAAAUAUUAAAUAAUAAUAAUUAAUUUUGCUCCAAGAGCAGGAAAAGGCUGACAAGAGAGUAGGAGGGCAAUUGUCCCAGUAACUACUAUACAGAAGCAAAAUGUGCUUCAAUGCAGGGUACUGUAUGAGUGAGGCAGCAGGUGAGAAUUGUGCUGGACCUUUGCCAGUCUAGCACUAUGUGGGUUUGUUGUGAGCUUGUGGCCCUUAUUCCCGAUGUUCUCCAAGCCUUGACUGGACCACUGGGAGUUAUCCAUGAAGACUGCAGUAUCUGAGGCCAGUCAGGCUCUAUGUCAUACAUGAUGAGCAUGUAUGAGGUGGAGGUGUUUGCAGUUGUGGUGAGAAAAGCCAUUGCUGCCAAAGAAGCCCAGGACACAGAGUCAAGCACUUAGACAUGCACUUAUAUAUAUGAAUUCUCCCUCAGUCUGUGUAGGUCAUAAUGAUGGUGGUUGUAGGGAUAUGUGAUUUUACACCACAGCCUCCAAACCUAUAUAAUUUGCACAGUGUAAGUGUAACGAGAAUAUACCCCUACACGCAGGAUCCAGCUAAACAGAGGCAAAUACAGAGGAGAGAUACGUCUACCGGACCUUAGAAUGGCCGGACUUGACGUAUAUGAGAGAAGACAGAGCCAGGAACAAACCGAGGUCAAGGGCACAGAGAGACAGCGUAAACUAGGACAAGCCGGGGUCUGGUACACGGAAAACAGCAAGCCGGCAAACAGUACAGAUAAGGAUAAAGCGAAAACGAAGUCAGAAUACGAAGCCAAAGUCAAUACGAGAAAACACAACUGAACACCACAAGCGCUAAAGGGAACUGAAACAGAAACCACGAUAGGGCAAGGAACAAAGGGAAGAAGGUGAGUAUAAAUACCUAAACAUCUAAUUUGAUUGGUCCCUGUCACAUCCACGCCCCCAAAAGGUAAGUGUAUGGGGAGUGUGGCAUGACAGGGACCAAUGGGAUGCCUUUUCCAAUUUAGGCACCCACUGUCCCUUUAAGAGCGCGCCCGAGACUCGCGGCGCGCUCUUAGUUUCAGGCGGGACACGUGACCGCCUCACGCGGUCACUGCCCGCCCUCCAUCCGAAGUAGUUGGAUGAGCCGCGCGCGGCUCGUGCAGCCGCAGGACCGCGCGCGGCUUGAAGAGAGGACCGCGACCGGCCCCCGGUUAAGGUAAGUAACGCUACAGUACCCCCCCCUGAGGACACGCCCCCCGGGCGGGUAGGACCAGGCCUGGCAGGAAAACGUGAAUGGAAAGAGCGCACAAGACGGGGAGCAUGGACAGCAUCGGCCGAAAUCCAACUGUGCUCCUCAGGCCCAUAACCCUUCCAAUGUACCAAGUACUGAAGUCGACCCCUAAGGAAACGAGAGUCAAGAACAGCAGACACUUCAAACUCCUCAUGACCCUCCACCGAGAUAGGAGGGGGAGGAGGAGUAUGCCGGGUAUAGCGGUUGCGUACGAAAGGUUUCAACAAUGAGGUGUGAAAAACAUUAGGAAUACGUAGAUUCUUAGGCAGGCCUAAGGCAUAAGAAACAGGAUUAACCUUAUGUAUAAUACGAUAAGGUCCAAUGAAGCGGGGAGCCAAUUUCAUAGAAGGCACCCGGAGACGAAUAUUCCGCGUGGAAAGCAAAACCCUGUCCCCCACAACAUAGGACGGAGCUGCUCUGCGAUGCUUGUCAGCCUGAGCCUUCUGGCGAGUAGCAGAGUCCACCAAAGAACGCUGAACCUGCUCCCAAGUAUUACGCAAACCAGCCAAAUGCUCAUCCAGAACUGGCAUGCCCUGUGAGGAGAAUGCAGCCGGAAGAACAACGGGAUGCUGGCCAUAGACAACGUAAAAAGGGCUCUUGCCGGAAGAAUCAUGAGUGGCGUUAUUCCGAGCAAAUUCAGCCCAAGGAAGCAGGUCAGACCAAUUGUCCUGAUGGUGAGACACAAAACAACGGAGGUAUUGCUCCAGAGACUGGUUGGCACGUUCAGCAGCCCCAUUAGACUGGGGAUGAUAAGCGGAAGAAAAUGAGAGAGAAAUACCCAUUUCUGAACAAAAGGCCCUCCAGAACCUGGAAAUAAAUUGGCUACCCCUAUCGGAUACAAUAGAUACGGGAAUCCCAUGUAAUCGAAAUACUUCUCUAGCGAAGAUAUGAGCCAGUUCCUUGGAUGUGGGCAACUUGUGAAGAGACACGAAGUGAGCCAUUUUGGAGAACCGAUCCACUAUCAUCAGGAUUACUGUGUUACCAUUUGAAGGGGGUAAUUCAACAAUAAAAUCCAUGGACAGGUUAGACCAAGGUCUCUCGGGAACGGGUAACGGAUGCAACAGCCCACAAGGAACUCUACGGGAGGAUUUCAUACAGGCACAAGUAGUACAAGCACUUAUAUAGUCAGUGACAUCCUUUCGUAAGGAAUCCCACCAAAAAUACCGAGAAACAGCUGACACCGUUUUGGAAAUACCAGGAUGUCCAGCGGUCUUAGUAUCAUGAUAUAAUGACAUAAUAUCCCGUCUCUCAGGAACAUCAACGAACAGUUUAUCAUUAGGCCUCUCGCUAGGUGCCAUGCUUUGUUUCGCUUGUAUGGCCUGCAAGAGGGACGAGGAAAUAGACAAAAUAGUAGUAGCUAUUAUCCUGUCUGGGGAAUGACAGGAGUAACAUCAAUCUCCUGUUUGUCAGUAGUUUCGAACUGUCUGGACAGAGCGUCUGCUUUAGUGUUGCGAUCACCUGGCCUAUAGGUGAUAAUAAAAUUGAAACGAGACAAAAAUAGUGACCACCUAGCCUGCCUGGAAGACAAUCUUUUGGCUUCGCUAAGAUAGGAUAGGUUCUUGUGAUCCGUAAAAAUGAGGAUAGGAUCCUUAGUUCCCUCUAACAAAUGUCUCCACUCUUUAAGUGCUAAAAUAAUAGCAAGGAGUUCACGAUUACCCACAUCAUAAUUUUUCUCUGCUUUGGACAUUUGUUUAGAAAAGAAGCCACAUGGAUGCAAUGGCUUCUCAGGCGACUCUCUUUGGGACAAGACAGCACCUACCCCAAUAUCCGAAGCAUCAACUUCAAGAAUAUAGGGCAGUGAGGGGACAGGAUGCUGUAAAAUAGGUGCAGAGGCGAACGUAGUUUUAAGAAAUUCAAAAGCCUGAAGUGCCUCGGUAGACCAAACACGAGUAUUGCCAUCCUUUUUAGUCAUACGGGUAAUAGGUGCUACAAUGGACGAGAAACCUUUGAUAAAACGUCUAUAAUAAUUGGAGAACCCAAGAAAACGCUGAAUAGCUUUCAGACCUUGCGGUAGAGGCCAUUCUAUUACAGCAGCAAGCUUCUGGGGAUCCAUACGAAAACCUUUAGCGGAAAUCAAAUACCCCAAGAACUGGACUUCAGUUUGGUCAAACAGACAUUUUUCUAGCUUGCAAUAAAGACCAUUAGCAAGAAGGGUCUUCAAAACUGUCGUAACAUGUCUGUGAUGAGUGUGUAUAUCUGCAGAAUAUAUUAAAAUGUCGUCCAAGUAUACGAUAACAAAUGUGUGAAUAAAAUCUCUCAAUACAUCAUUAAUAAAUUCUUGGAAUACUGCUGGGGCAUUGCAAAGCCCAAAUGGCAUAACAGUGUAUUCGUAAUGACCGGAUCUAGUGUUGAAUGCAGUCUUCCAUUCGUGAUUUUCCUUUAUACGUAUCAAAUUGUAUGCAUUCCUAAGGUCUAAUUUAGUGAACACAGUGGCAUGUUUCAGCCUGUCAAAUAAUUCUGUAAUCAAAGGUAUAGGGUAUGCAUUUUUGAUAGUGAUUUUGUUUAGACCUCUAUAAUCUAUACACGGUCUUAAAUCACCUUCUUUCUUCGAUACAAAGAAGAACCCUGCUCCAGCUGGAGAAGAGGAUCUCCUAAUAAACCCUUUUUCUAAUGAUUCCUUGAUGUACUCCUCCAUGACACGGUUUUCUUGAACCGAUAAGGGGUACACCCUGCCCUUUGGAGGUAUAGUGCCAGGCAACAAGUCAAUAGCGCAAUCAUAGGGUCUGUGAGGCGGUAAUUUCUCAGCCUCCCUUUUAUCGAAAACAGUCUUUAGAGAUAAAUACUGAGGGGGUAUAACCAUAGACAAAGGAGGACUGGUAGGUACCUCAAUAGAAUUCAAAGGUGUGACUUCCAACGUACAAGACUCGUGGCAGGCCUUACUCCAUGAUUUUAUUUGCCCUGUCUCCCAGUCAAAAAUGGGAUUGUGAGCACGUAACCAUGGAUACCCUAAUACUAACUGUGAAGAGGGAGAGGUGAUAACCUGGAAUCGAAUGGUUUCGAAGUGUAAAACCCCUGUGUACAUGUGUAGUGGUUCAGUCUCAUGAGUAACAACUGGAGAACUUAAUGGUCUACCAUCUAUGGCCUCAACGGCCAAGGGUAUCUCCUUCUCUCUGAUGGGAAUGUUGUUUCUCUUUAUAAAGCCAGAGUCUAUAAAAUUUUCAGCUGCCCCAGAGUCAACCAGAGCAUAUAUGUUGUCAACUAUACAAAUCUCUCCCAUAUAUAAAGAAACCGGGAGAAGCAAGCGGUUAGGAGGCAAUUUAGGAGACUUAGAUAUCACACCCAAGGCCAGUCCCCUAUAAGGUCUUAGGUGCGAGAGUUUUCCGGGAGUAAAGGACAUUCCUUUACCAUAUGGUCUCUCCUACCACAGUAUAGGCAGAGUCCCUCCCUUCUCCUAUGUAAUUUCUCAGUAUCAGAGAGUUUGGCAACCCCUAAUUGCAUAGGUUCCUCCUCAGACACUUUAACACUCUCUGGUAUAUUAACUCUGGGGUUAAUGGGUGUAACAAAACAUCUAUUCCUGUUCUUGGUAUAGAGCCUGUCACGAAUUCUAUUAUCAAUAUCAAUGAGGUAAUCGAUAAGGUCCUCUAAGGCAAUAGGAAGCUCCUUAGCUGCUACCUCAUCCAAUAUCGUAUCUGACAAACCUUCCAUAAAGGCAGUAGUUAACCCAUUGUUGGUCCAAUCUACCUGCGAAGCAAGAGUGCGAAACUGAAUAGCAUAAUCAGCCACAGACCUAGAACCCUGUUUAAUUCUCAUUAAUGCUCUUGCGGCAUUCUUUGACCUUUUCAUUGUGUCAAAAGUUCUACGAAAAGCCGUAAGAAAACUGUUGAAAUCAUGUACCAUAGGCCCAUUAGCUUCCCAAAUAGGAUUUGCCCACUCAAGUGCCUUAUCGGUAAGUUGGUGCAUAAAGAACCCAACCUUAGACCUCUCUGUGGGAAAUGAACGUGGAUACAUUUCAAAGUGAAAUUCAAUCUGAUUAAUAAACCCUCUGCAAGUCUUAGAGUCCCCUCCAUACCUAGGAGGAGGUGUUAAAUGGGCCGAAGUAUUAGGCAAAGUAGAUACUUCAGGGAGAAGGGGCGUAGGAGGGUUAGGUGUAGUUGCUGGAACGGUUCUAGCUAGGAGCGUCUGGAGAGCCUGAGCUAUUUGAUCCAUACGGUGAUCCUGCUCUACAAAUCUUGCCUCAUGGGACGCCAUCUGUUGAGCUAAAUCUGCGGGGUCCAUGGCCCUAUCGUAAUGUAACGAGAAUAUACCCCUACACGCAGGAUCCAGCUAAACAGAGGCAAAUACAGAGGAGAGAUACGUCUACCGGACCUUAGAAUGGCCGGACUUGACGUAUAUGAGAGAAGACAGAGCCAGGAACAAACCGAGGUCAAGGGCACAGAGAGACAGCGUAAACUAGGACAAGCCGGGGUCUGGUACACGGAAAACAGCAAGCCGGCAAACAGUACAGAUAAGGAUAAAGCGAAAACGAAGUCAGAAUACGAAGCCAAAGUCAAUACGAGAAAACACAACUGAACACCACAAGCGCUAAAGGGAACUGAAACAGAAACCACGAUAGGGCAAGGAACAAAGGGAAGAAGGUGAGUAUAAAUACCUAAACAUCUAAUUUGAUUGGUCCCUGUCACAUCCACGCCCCCAAAAGGUAAGUGUAUGGGGAGUGUGGCAUGACAGGGACCAAUGGGAUGCCUUUUCCAAUUUAGGCACCCACUGUCCCUUUAAGAGCGCGCCCGAGACUCGCGGCGCGCUCUUAGUUUCAGGCGGGACACGUGACCGCCUCACGCGGUCACUGCCCGCCCUCCAUCCGAAGUAGUUGGAUGAGCCGCGCGCGGCUCGUGCAGCCGCAGGACCGCGUGCGGCUUGAAGAGAGGACCGCGACCGGCCCCCGGUUAAGGUAAGUAACGCUACAGUAAGUAGCACCAUCUACACAGAUAUCCAUAAGUUUUGUGUGCUAAAAAAGACCCAUAAUUUAUGCUUGCCUCAGGUUAAAAGUUGCCAGCAUCCCUCUGUUCAUUCUAUUCUUAAAGGGACACUAUAGUCACCAAAACAACUGUAGCUUAAUGAAGCAGUGUUGGUGUAUAUAUCAUGCCCCUGCAGUUUUACUGCUCAAUUCUCUGCCAUUUGUCUAUGCAGCUCUAGGCACGCCUCCGUGCAUGUGACUUACACAGCCUUCUUAAACACUUCCUGUAGAGAGUCAUCUAAUGUUUACACUUCCUUUGUUGCAAAUUCUGUUUAAUUUAGAAUUUCUUACCUACUGCUCUGCUAAUAGCUUGCUAGACCUUGCAGGAGACUUGUGUAUGUAAUUAACGUUCAAAUUACAGAGCAGGAGAUAAAACCUUUUAAAGUAAGUUACAUCUGAUUAAAGAAUGAAACCAUUUGGUUUUUAUGCAGACUAUGUGAGUCAAAGCCAGGGGGGUGUAGCUAGGGCUGGAUAAACAGAAACAAAAGUGAUUUAACUCCUAAAUGGCAGUGAAUUGAGCAGUGAAACUUCAGAGGCAUGAUCUAUAACCAAAUACUGCUUCAUUAAGCUAAAAUUGUUUUGGUGACUAUAGUGUCCCUUUAGCUUCCCUAACGUUUAACAUUUUCUCUAAAAAAUACUGCAGUACAUAAUGUAAUGGAUUAGGUUGCUAGGAGUUUUAGUUCAUUUGUUAGCUUUGUCUAGCAGAAGGAGACAACUGAACUACAGUUCCCCUAAAGAAUACAAAAAAUAAUGAUACUGCACUCAAAAAUUCAGAAUAAAGUUCAUUACUGAAUUUAAUAAUCAUUAAUUAAUUAGGUAUAAUUCAUUAGUUGUGAAAUACUACAAAGUUAGAAAAAUUGGAAAAAAACAAUUCCAAUUCCAACUUUUCCAAUUUUUCUAACUUUGUAGUAUUUCACAACUAAUGAAUUAUAAUGAAUCCAAUUCCAACUUUUCCAAUUUUUCUAACUUUGUAGUAUUUCACAACUAAUGAAUUAUACCUAAUUAAUUAAUGAUUAUUAAAUUCAGUAAUGAACUUUAUUCUGAAUUUUUGAGUGCAGUAUCAUUAUUUUUUUGUAUUCUGUAGACUUUGAGGUACUUUGGCCACCUCGAUACUUUGCACCAACACGGAUAAAAGAGUGCCUGUACAUAGUAUUUUUUUUACAGUUCCCCUAAAUCCUUGCUGUUCUCAUAAAGUACUCUUAACAUAUAAAAUCAGUGCUAUAGAAAGUUUAGUCACUUCUUGGUUUGUUCAGAGCUCAUUGAAGUUGAUGCAACUACUGAGAAUGCAGGCACUUAAAAUGUGAGUAUUUUUGAUAUACAGAAAUUUAAUUAAUGUUAUUAUAGACAAAAUUCACCCAGGAUUGUCCUGUCGAAAGGUUUAUAUUUUAAAGGUUCAGUGACAGCUUAUUUACAAAGUUCUCAGGAUUGUAGUGACAGAGAUAAAGUAAAAAGUAUCAUAUUUCUAACACAAUUAAUGGUUUUAAUUAUACACAGAUGCAUAAAAUCACUUUUUUUUUUAACAAUACAAAGUUAAAACUACAUGUGCAGUGUAUUACGGAAGAUUUCAUUAAAAUAAAUAAAUUAUUAAAAAAUAAAAUUAAUGUUAUACACACACACACACAGCGUAUAAGAUCCAGUGCACUCGCUUAUUCACUAAACAGCGAUUUCAAGUCUCACAGAUUGUAGUAGUUUUAUUUAAAAAUACCUCACCAAGGCAAAAACAAUGGGUGUUUAGUUACAGUAUAUGAUCAUACCAAUGCAUUAGCUUCCCACAACGUCAAUGUACCCCAUUCUUGGCAGGUCCAACUGUAACAACCUAAUGCUUGCUCUUAUGAGAUUAUUCCACUUACUUAGGAAAUAUUUCCUCCUGGGACACCCUACAGGUCAAGACCCUGAGGAGGCAGAUCAAAGGGCUAGCUGGGAACAGGGACAUGUGUGAGUUGGGGGGUGGGGGGGGAGGUGUAAUCAGUUUAAAGAAAGGAGGUGUCCUGGAGGUAAUGGGGAAGCCUAAGUUAAGGGGAGUGGCCAUAUACAUAGAGGGAGCCAUUUUCUGUUACCCUCAGCCAUCUUAAUUAUCCGGCUUGGGAACAGCUUCCCUUGGUGUUCCCCAGCUACAUUCGGCUAGGGUCUUUGAAUGUGGAAGGUAUUUUGCAAGCUUUUAGGGCAGAGGCCUUGCAGGAUGGUGGUGUGCAGCUGCAGGCACAACUGAUGCGGGUGCAGGCUGCUUCUGGGUCGGCCGGCCCGCGCCUGGAUGGCCGGCAAGUGCCCAGGUUAUGUUAAAUGAUUGGCAAGGAUCUGGUAAUGGAAGUUGCAGUAAAUGAAUGUCAUGUUAAUGUGUUAUGUUAAUAAUGGUAUUGUUUUAAAUAAAGCUGUGGCCUGUUUGUCACAAUUUACGUCUUGUGCCAAGUUAUUCUGGGUAAGUUGCUCUAAGUAAAAGGGGUUUCUUCCUACACUAUCCCAACUACCUUCACACAAGGUUAAAUAGGGCCCUUGAAUGAGGCACCUGUGACAAAACCAAGGAGUUGGCCUGGACUCCCAAAUAUAAAUAAAUGAAACCAAGAGGGCUGCACUCACCUGAACAUACAUUAUAGGGUGCUGCUGGUGCCAAUUUAAACAAUAUACAAGAUCUAGUGCACAUGCUUAUCCACUAAACAGCAAUUUGAUGUUUUACAGAAUUUAAUAGUUUUAUUUAAAAACACCUCACCUAGGCAAAAAUAAUGGGGCUUUACUUACAGUAUAUGAUCAUCAUAAGCCUGCUACAACGUCAACGUACCCCAUUCUUGGCAGGUCCUACUCUAGCAUACGUAUGCCUGCUCAUAUAUAUAUAUAUAUAUUUGCAAUAAUAGAAUGACUCUUAAGAUGAAGCCUCCAUUAACACACCCCAUCCAACUUUAGCAAUAAGGAUCCACAAAGGACGCUCCUAUUUCUAGAUUCAAUCUGAUGGAUGUAACUAUAAUUGUCAUCAUGCUUUGCUGUUUUCCCAGUAACUUUGUUACUUUGGCAUAAAUGUAGCAAAUAUAAAUUCACCAUAAGUCACUGUUUAGUGAAUAAACCCCUUAGCAUGGCCUCAUUUAAUUUUCACUUAGCCACAGGUAUACUAUCUUGUAAGAAGAUACUGAUAUAAGCACACAUGCUCACAGCGUGCUCAUCUGUGCAACAUCCUGGACCCCCUACCAAGGCUGCAAGAUGGAGUGUUUUAACCACUGAAAAGAAAUUUUACUUUCAUGCUUUUUGAAGUUCUAUAUCUUUAUUUUUUUGUGUAACAAUCUGGUCUUGUGAAGAAAAACUGCUAAAAUAUGUUUUGUUCUUUUUAUUUAUGUUUUACAUUUUCACUUGGUUACAGGCAAAUCACAGAGCAGGUGUUUUGCCUCUAAAAGAGUUAUUCUAAUGUGAAAAGUGAAUUCAAGGUGAAUUUCAAAUUUAGGGACAAAAUAUCCAGACUGAAAACAGAAUUAACUUAGAGACGUUUUUCAAUUUGAAUAUUUUGGCCUUAAAUUUUAAAUUAACUUGAAAUUCCUGGCAGUUCUCACUUCAGUGACUAACCCAGUCAAUAAUAUGAUAAUAUGGUAUAGCAAACCAGCGUUCGAGCUUUAUCAUUGAAGCUGUUAACUCUGGACGGCACUUUGGUCAGAAAAGGAUGUUACUAUAGUAAUGCAUCUGACCACACAACCAACGACAUGUCCAAUUUACAAUUGGCUAAAGACAUUUAGCCUGAACUAGACUUUCACGGUUAUUCACUAAAAUGAGUAUUGUUGGGAAUUUAAAUGUAAAGCCAUAGUAACCUAACUUGGAGUAUGUUUCCAGUAUGGCUAUUUUAGCCAUGCAUUUACCAUUAUUGUUGGAGGAUUUUACAUUAUUUUAAUCAAAGGUUAAUUGGAAGAUUACUCCAACAACCAUGACAACUUCUGUUUCUUAGCCGAAGGACUAGUUACACUCUUCCAGGCUGCCUAAUGUCAAUUCUGUUCCAAAUGUACGUCUGUCGUUAGUGCACACAGCGCACUGGAGACAGAUGUGGUCAUCUCUUUAGCGGGAAGUGUGCCUGCAAGGGAAAUCUUGACCUUCGUUCCCUACCAUCUCAUACUUCCUCACUUCAUUUAGUAAAAAAAAUCUAUAUUCAACUAAAGCACGUCUUACCCUCUGUCCUCUCACAAACUCCGUGCCCAACAUAAAAACAAGGUCAAAACAUGAGUAGGUCUCUUGGUCAUCAGCUAACCUGGUUAUUUUUUAGAGUGUCUAUCAAAUUGCAAUUUUCAGUGAGUAAAAUUAUCACCCUUUAUACCAGGAGUGCCAGAAAGAUAGAUUCUCAGUUGUUGCAGAACUACUUUUCCCAUGAUGCUCUAAUUACCGUAACACUGCCAAAGCAUCCAUGGAACUUGUAAUUCUUCAGCAGCUGGGGAUGUUUCUUUUGGACACCCCUGCUCUAUAUCAACAGCAUAAACAAAAAUUACACAAUAUAGUUUGGGCAAACUCUAAACAACAUUAUUUGUUAAAUAAAAAAACAAAAAACUAGGCUCUAUUCACUAAAUCCUGACUUGCAAAAUGUUGGUUAAUAUAACCCAGCUGGAGAACUGCUGCUAUUUUGACCUAAAUGUGGUUAUUAAAUUUACUGUUUAGUGAAUUGGUCCCCAAAGUAUUUGCUGCUAGCAGGUCGUAAUAGAAAAAAAAAUAGGAAUUUCUAAAAAACAUGCAAACACUGGAGACUUUUUUUUUUUUUUACCAAACAGCAGUUCGUUAGCACGGUAGUUUUUCUGCAUUUCUAAAAAUGAACCUGCUUUAUCUUUUAUUUGAAAGAUUAUUAAAAUUAUAGUAUGUCAGUAUUGCUGAUGGCAAGCUAUGAAUUUUGCACAUUGGAACGUGUCUUUGAACUAGUAAUUAUUUAGUGUAACAAAAUGAUGUCUUGUAAUUUUCUGCUGCGCAAAAGUCAUGCCUGAAUGCACUCACUAUAGGUAGAUCUAUUGCUGCUAUUUAAAUAACAUUGUAAUUAUAGUGGUUUUACCUUUUCUCUGUGACUUUUCGUUUAUAUUUACUUUGUUUUUUAAUUUGGUUGGACAUGGCAAGGUGUCAGCUGAAUUACAUAAUAAUUUUUUUUUUUUUUCUGUUUUCUUUUUUGCUUUUAGCUUCUAUUGUUGCUCACAAAUGGUGGUGUCAGAUGAACCCCUGUAUGGAAGGUGAAGAUUGCAAAGUAUUACCGGAUCUUACAGGCUGGUCCUGCAGCAGUGGAAACAAAAUAAAAACUACUAAGGUGUGUAUGGAAUUCACAAAAAGAUAAUAAACUAUUCAGAUGUUUUACUCGUCUUUUACUUAGUCAUGACAACCAUUUCUCCUACUGUUGAGAUCAUAAUGAUGGAUGAUCUUUGACAAUCAAAUGCUUCUCUAUUGGUUGCUAUCCAUAUUGCUUUUUGGAAAACAACCAAUAAACACGUACAAUACACUCAGACACUCCCACACAAAAUCCUCCUCUCUGCCUGUGAUACAAUUACCUUACACAACAGGUAAUGUAAUUAUCACAGGCAGAGAAAUACAGUUUUCCCACAUUAUUCGUAAAUUUAAACGUAUGCAUCACAUUCACAUAAAACUUACAUUUUCAGAAUCAGCAUACUCCAAACAUACGUCAAAAUCAUACAAAUUGGUCCAUUGGUUCAAAAGGUUCGUAGUCCUUUGUGACCAAAUGAAGCAUGGCUUUUCUGCCCAAAACAGUUCCACAGAGUCUUCUAUCCUGGAGAUAAUUGGGAAGUAAUCCAAUUAUCUCCAAGGACAGAGGCAAAACUCCAUUGAACACAUGGCAGCAAAAGAUAAUAAAAUACAUAAAAAUAUAUAACUGUGCAGCCAUUGCAUAAAACAGAUCUGAGCGCAUUAUUACUGAAUGGUUCCCAGAUCACACACAUACAGUUCAAUUGCCAUGGAGCCAAAGUCUUUCCCAUAGUCUUUCAUUAUAUGAAUGGGCUCCAUGGCAUAGCUAUCUGGGGUAUCACCGCUCAAACAGGGCAAGCACCGAAUGACCCGGCUUUCGUGUCUUUGCUGGGGAAAAUCAAGCAUUUCAACAUAGGGCCAAAGGCAGCAGGCGGGCAACCAGGCUCCUCCAAUGCACAGUGGCGAGAUUAGUCUUGUCACAUAUAUGUACACAGGACCGAAUUAACAUAGAGGCUGAUGGAGCUGCAGGUCCAGGCCCAUUGAUUUUUUUUGUUUUCUGCUCUUCACAAGCUCCUGCUUAAGUAUGAAAACUUAAGAGGGAUGUAGGGGAACAAAACUGGUGUGGAUUGGCUGACAAUGAACUUAGUUAAGAUAAAGCUUACACUAUGCAAAUACUCUUGCUGCUUCAGUCUCUCUAACACUGUGGAAUGUCCCCUUUCUUCUACACUCACUACAUACACCUUUUCUCUGUCCCAAACUGUAUAACAGGAGCUUCGACAUGCUAGUAAGAAGGUUAGGAGAGGAGUGGACCAGAAAGUGCUAGGGGACAGUUCUUAGGAAGCUGUAGCGGUACUUACCCUUUCCAGGGGCCGGCCGGGGUCCUCUGUUCGAGCCGCGCGCGGUCCUGCUGCUGCACGAGCCGCGCGCGGCUCAGCCGACCGCUGUGACUAGUAGCGGUCACAUGUUCCACCUACUCUAAGAGCGCGCCGCGGGUAUCGGGCGCGCUCUUAAAGGGACAGUGGGUGCCUAAAUUGGAAAAGGCAUCCCAUUGGUCCCUGUCAUGCCACACUCCCCAUACACUUACCUUUUGGGGGCGUGGAUGUGACAGGGACCAAUCAAAGUAGAUGUUUAGGUAUUUAUACUCACCUUCUUUCCUUUGUUCCUUGCCCUAUCGUGGUUUCUGUAUCAGUUCCCUUUAGCGCUUGUUGUGUUCAGUUGUGUUUCUCCGUAUUGACCUUGGCUUUGUUUCUGACUACGUUUUCUCUUUAUCCUUAUCUGUUCUGGUUGUCGGCUUGUUGUUUACUGUGUACCAGACCCCGGCUUGUCCUAGUUUACGCUGUCUCUCUGUGCCCUUGAUUUCGGAUUGUUCCUGACUCUGUCUCCUCUCAUAUACGUCGAGUCCGGCCAUUCUAAGGUCCGGUAGACGUAUCUCUCCUCUGUGUUGUCUUUUGUUUAGCUAAAUCCUGCGUGUUGGGGUAUAUUCUCGUUACAUUACGAUAGGGCCAUGGACCCCGCAGAUUUGGCUCAGCAAAUGGCUUCUCACGAGGCAAGGUUUGUAGAGCAGGAUCACCGUAUGGAUCAGAUAGCACAGGCUCUCCAGACGCUCUUGUCUAGAACCAUUCCUGCAACCGCACCGAACCCUCCUACACCUCAUCCUCCCGAAGUAUCCAAUUCAACCAAUGCUUCGCCCCAUUUAACACCUCCUCCUAGGUAUGGAGGGGAAGCCAAGACAUGCAGAGGUUUUAUUAAUCAAAUAGAAUUCCACCUUGAGAUGUAUCCUCAUUCCUUUCCCACUGAUAGGUCUAAAGUGGGGUUUUUGAUGCAUCAACUUACUGACAAAGCACUAGAGUGGGCAAAUCCUAUUUGGGAGGCCAAUGGACCUGUGGUUCAUGAUUUCAAUAGUUUUCUUGCGGCUUUUCGUAGAACUUUUGACACAACAAAGAGGUCAAAGAAUGCCGCAAGAGCAUUAAUGAGGAUUAAACAGGGGUCUAGGUCUGUGGCGGAUUAUGCUAUUCAGUUUCGUACCCUUGCCUCACAGGUAGAUUGGACCAAUAAUGGGUUAACUACUGCGUUCAUGGAAGGUUUAUCUGACACUAUAUUAGAUGAGGUAGCGGCAAGGGAGCUUCCUAUCCCAUUAGAGGAUCUUAUUGACUACCUCAUUGAUAUAGAUAAUAGAAUUCGCGACAGGCUCUAUACCAAAAACAAGAAUAGACGUCUGGUCACAUCUAUUAACCCUAGAGUUGAUAAACCUGAGAGUGUUAAAGUACCCGAGGAGGAACCCAUGCAAUUAGGGGUUGCCAAACUCUCGGAUACUGAAAAACUACUUAGAAGAAGGAAUGGACUCUGCCUAUACUGUGGUAGGCGAGACCAUAUGGUAAGGGAAUGUCCUUUGCGUCCGGAAAACUCUCGCACCUAAGACCUUAUAGGGGACUGGCCUUGGGUGUGAUCUCUAAGUCUCCUAAAUUGCCUCCUAAUCGUUUGCUUCUCCCUGUUUCCCUUCAUAUGGGGGUGAGUUGUAUAGCAGAAUGCAUAUUAGCCUUGGUUGAUUCUGGGGCUGCUGAGAACUUUAUUGACUCUGAGUUUGUUACGAAAAAUAACAUUCCCGUCAGAGAAAGGGAGAUACCCUUGGCCAUUGAGGCCAUAGAUGGUAGACCAUUAAGUUCUCCAAUUGUUACUCAUGAAACUGUACCAUUACACAUGUAUACAGGGGUUUUACACUUUGAAAUCAUUCGAUUCCAGGUUAUCACAUCUCCCUCUUCUCACAUUGUGUUAGGGUACCCAUGGUUAUGUACUCACAAUCCCAUUUUCGAUUGGGAGUCAGGGCAAAUAAAAUCAUGGAGCGAUGCCUGCCAUGAGUCCUGUACUAUUGAAGUCACCCCUUUGAAUUCUAUUAAUGUCCCUACAACUCCUCCUUUGUCCACUGUUAUACCCUCUCAGUACUUAUUUCUCAAAACUGUCUUCGAUAAAAGGGAGGCUGACAAAUUACCACCUCACAGACCCUACGAUUGUGCUAUCGAUUUAUUGCCUGGCACAAUACCUCCAAAGGGCAGGGUGUACCCUUUAUCUGUUCAAGAAAACCGUGUCAUGGAGGAGUAUAUUAAGGAAUCAUUAGAAAAGGGGUUUAUUAGGAGAUCCUCUUCUCCGGCUGGAGCGGGGUUCUUCUUUGUAUCAAAGAAAGAAGGUGAUUUAAGACCGUGUAUCGAUUAUAGAGGUCUAAAUAAAAUCACCAUCAAAAAUGCAUAUCCUAUACCUUUAAUCACGGAAUUAUUUGACAGACUCAAACAUGCUACUGUAUUCACUAAAUUGGAUCUUAGAGGUGCAUACAAUUUAAUACGUAUUAAGAAAGACCACGAAUGGAAAACGGCAUUCAACACUAGAUCUGGCCAUUACGAGUAUACUGUUAUGCCAUUUGGUCUAUGCAAUGCCCCAGCAGUAUUUCAAGAAUUUAUCAAUGACGUUUUAAGAGACUUUAUUCACACAUUUGUAAUUGUGUACUUAGACGACAUAUUAAUAUAUUCUACAGAUUUACACACUCAUCACAGGCAUGUUACGACAGUUCUGAAGACCCUUCUUGCUAAUGGUCUUUAUUGUAAACUGGAAAAAUGUCUAUUUGACCAAUCCGAAGUCCAGUUUUUGGGGUAUUUAAUUUCCGCUAAAGGUUUUCGUAUGGAUCCCCAGAAGCUUUCUGCUGUCAUGGAAUGGCCUCUUCCACAAGGUUUGAAAGCCAUUCAGCGUUUUCUUGGUUUCUCUAAUUAUUAUAGACGCUUUAUUAAAGGUUUUUCCUCUAUUGUAGCGCCUAUCACCCGUAUGACAAGAAAGGGAGGCAAUACUCGUGUCUGGUCUCCCGAGGCACUUCAGGCUUUUGAGUUUCUUAAAACCACAUUCGCUUCUGCACCUAUUUUACAGCACCCUAUCCCCACACUGCCCUAUAUUCUUGAAGUUGAUGCUUCUGAUAUCGGGGUAGGUGCUGUCUUAUCCCAAAGAGAGUCGCCUGAAAAGCCAUUGCAUCCUUGUGGCUUCUUCUCCAAACAAAUGUCCAAAGCAGAAAAGAAUUAUGAUGUGGGUAAUCGCGAACUCCUUGCUAUUAUUUUAGCACUGAAAGAAUGGAGACAUUUGUUAGAAGGAACUAAAGAUCCUAUUCUCAUAUUUACGGAUCAUAAGAACCUAUCCUACCUUAGUGAGGCUAAAAGACUGUCUUCUCGGCAGGCUAGGUGGUCACUAUUUUUGUCCCAUUUCAAUUACAUUAUCACCUAUAGGCCAGGUGACCGCAACACUAAAGCAGACGCUCUGUCCAGACAGUUCGAAACUGCUGACAAACAGGAGAUUGAUGUUACUCCUGUGAUUCCCCCAGAAAGGAUAAUCGCUACCACUGUUUUGUCUAUUUCUUCGUCCCUCUUGCAGGCCAUACAAGCGAAACAAAACAUGGCACCUAGCGAGAGACCUACUGAUAAACUAUUCGUUGAUGUUCCCGAGAGACGGGAGAUUCUGUCGUUGUAUCAUGACACUAAGACUGCUGGACAUCCUGGUAUUUCCAAAACGGUGUCAGCAGUUUCUCGGUAUUUUUGGUGGGAUUCCUUACGCAAGGAUGUCACUGACUAUAUAGGUGCUUGUACUACUUGUGCCUGUAUGAAAUCUUCUCGUAGGGUUCCUUGUGGGCUGUUGCAUCCGUUACCUAUUCCCGAGAGACCUUGGUCUAACCUGUCCAUGGAUUUUAUUGUUGAAUUACCUCCCUCGAAUGGUAACACAGUUAUCCUAAUGAUAGUGGAUCGGUUUUCCAAGAUGGCUCACUUUGUGUCUCUUCACAAGUUGCCCACGUCCAGGGAACUAGCACUUGUUUUCGCCAGAGAGGUGUUUCGAUUACACGGCAUUCCCGUAUCUAUUGUAUCUGACAGGGGUAGCCAAUUUAUUUCCAGGUUCUGGAAAGCCUUUUGUUUGGAAAUGGGUAUUUCUCUCUCAUUUUCUUCCGCUUACCACCCCCAGUCUAAUGGAGCUGCCGAACGUGCCAAUCAAUCUCUGGAGCAGUACCUUCGUUGUUUCGUAUCCCACCAUCAGAACAAUUGGUCUGACCUUCUUCCUUGGGCUGAGUUUGCUCGGAAUAACGCUACUCAUGAUUCUUCCGGCAAGAGUCCUUUUUACGUUGUAUAUGGCCAACAUCCUGUUGUUCUUCCGGCUGCUUUCUCCUCACAGGGCAUGCCAGUUCUGGAUGAACAUUUGGCUAAUUUGCGUAAUACUUGGGAGCAGGUUCAGCGUUCUUUGGUGGAUUCCGCUGCUCGCCAGAAGGUGCAGGCUGACAAGCAUCGCAGGGCGGCUCCUUCUUAUGUUGUGGGGGACAGGGUUCUGCUUUCUACGCGAAACAUUCGCCUCCGGGUGCCUUCUAUGAAAUUGGCUCCCCGCUUUAUUGGUCCUUAUCGUAUUCUGCAUAAGGUUAAUCCUGUUUCGUAUGCCUUGGGUCUCCCUAAGAAUCUGCGUAUUCCUAAUGUCUUUCACACCUCGUUGUUGAAGCCUUUCGUACGCAACCGCUACACCCGACAUGCACCUCCUCCCCCUCCUGUUUCUGUGGAGGGUCAUGAGGAAUUUGAAGUUUCUGCAGUUCUUGACUCUCGUUUCCUUAGGGGCCGACUUCAGUACCUAGUGCAUUGGAAGGGCUAUGGGCCUGAGGAGCAUAGUUGGAUUUCCGCUGACGCGGUUCACGCUCCUCGUCUUGUGCGCUCUUUCCAUUCUCGUUUUCCUGCCAGGCCUGGCCCUCCCCGCCCGGAGGGCGUGUCCUCAGGGGGGGGUAAUGUAGCGGUACUUACCCUUUCCAGGGGCCGGCCGGGGUCCUCUGUUCGAGCCGCGCGCGGUCCUGCUGCUGCACGAGCCGCGCGCGGCUCAGCCGACCGCUGUGACUAGUAGCGGUCACAUGUUCCACCUACUCUAAGAGCGCGCCGCGGGUAUCGGGCGCGCUCUUAAAGGGACAGUGGGUGCCUAAAUUGGAAAAGGCAUCCCAUUGGUCCCUGUCAUGCCACACUCCCCAUACACUUACCUUUUGGGGGCGUGGAUGUGACAGGGACCAAUCAAAGUAGAUGUUUAGGUAUUUAUACUCACCUUCUUUCCUUUGUUCCUUGCCCUAUCGUGGUUUCUGUAUCAGUUCCCUUUAGCGCUUGUUGUGUUCAGUUGUGUUUCUCCGUAUUGACCUUGGCUUUGUUUCUGACUACGUUUUCUCUUUAUCCUUAUCUGUUCUGGUUGUCGGCUUGUUGUUUACUGUGUACCAGACCCCGGCUUGUCCUAGUUUACGCUGUCUCUCUGUGCCCUUGAUUUCGGAUUGUUCCUGACUCUGUCUCCUCUCAUAUACGUCGAGUCCGGCCAUUCUAAGGUCCGGUAGACGUAUCUCUCCUCUGUGUUGUCUUUUGUUUAGCUAAAUCCUGCGUGUUGGGGUAUAUUCUCGUUACAGAAGCGUAGAGCUAGCACAUAAUAGAAACAUAGAGUGUGACGGCAGAUAAGAACCAUUUCGCCCAUCUAGUCUGCCCAAUUUUCUAAACACUUUCAUUAGGCCCUGGCCUUAUCUUAUAGCUAGGAUAGUCUGAUGCUUAUCCCACACAUGCUUAAACUCCUUUACUGUGUUAACCUCUACCACUUCAGCUGGAAGGCUAUUCCAUGCAUCCACUACCCUCUCAGUAAAGUAAUACUUCCUGAUAUUAUUUUUAAACCUUUGUCCCUCUAAUUUAAGACUAUGUCCUCUUGUUGUGGUAGUUUUUCUUCUUUUAAAUAUAGUCUCCUCCUUUACUGUGUUGAUUCCUUUUAUGCAUUUAAAUGUUUCUAUCAUAACCCCCCGUCUCUUCUUUCCUCCAAGCUAUACAUGUUACGUUCCUUUAACCUUUCCUGGUAAGUUUUUAUCCCGCAAUCCAUGAACCAGUUUAGUAGCCCUUCUCUGAACCCUCUCUAAGGUAUCAAUAUCCUUCUGAAGAUACGGUCUCCAGUACUGUGUACAAUACUCCAAGUGAGGUCUCACCAGUGUUCUGUACAAUGGCAUGAGCACUUCCCUCUUUCUACUGCUAAUACCUCUCCCUAUACAACCAAGCAUUCUGCUAGCAUUUCCUGCUGCUCUAUUACAUUGUCUGCCUACCUUUAAGUCAUCAGAAAUAAUCACCCCUAAAUCCCUUUCCUCAGAUGUUGAGGUUAGAACUCUAUCAAAUAUUCUGUACUCUGCCCUUGGGUUUUUACAUCCAAGAUGCAUUAUCUUGCACUUAUCCACAUUAAAUGUCAGUUGCCACAACUCUGACUAUUUUUCUAGUUUACCUAAAUCAUUUGCCAUUUGGCUUAUCCCUCCUGGAACAUCAACCCUGUUACAUAUCUUAGUAUCAUCAGCAAAAAGACAUACCUUACCAUCAAGACCUUCUGCAAUAUCACUAAUAAAAAUAUUAAAGAGAAUGGGUCCAAGUACAGAUCCCUGAGGUACCCCACUGGUGGCAAGUCCAAGCUUCGAAUAUAUUCCAUUAACUACAACCCUCUGUUGCCUAUCACUCAGCCACUGCCUUACCCAUUCAACAAUAUUGCAAUCCAAACUUAAAGAUUGCAGUUUAUUGAUAAGCCUUCUAUGUGCAACAGUGUCAAUAGCCUUACUGAAAUCUAGGUAAGCAAUGUCUACUGCACCACCCUGAUCUAUAAUUUUACUCAGGUAUAACUGUUUUACUGUUUUCUGUUGAUAAGAUUCUGUAAUUAGGCCUAACAUCAUUUUCAACACCAGCCCAAUGGGCUCUUAAUCCAGCCCUGUAUGCAUAUAUUAUGUAUUUUAGUAUAUUAAUAUUUUUUAGCACUAAAGUGGAGAAUCGGGAUUCCAUGUUUUAUUUUAGUUGCAGUGCUGACAGGAUUAAGCUAGUUUUAGACUCUGAUAUCUGUGGCGAGUCAAGUCCAGUUAAGAUUAGAUUAUUUGGAAUUGGUUUUCAUUUGAUGUUUAAUCAUGCACUAUUUAGAACCACGUAGAAAUAUAUUUUUCUGAAAUGGCAGUUACUGUACAAUAAACGUUACUAUACAUUUAGACCACAGGCGUGCGCACUGGGUGUGCUGGGUGUGCCUGGGUAGGAUCUCCCUUGUUGGCCCAUGCAGACCCAGCACCAUCCGAGCACCGGCCCUCGCUGUGUGCCUCCAUGGGCCAGAGGGGAGAUCCAAGAUCUCCAUCACCGGCCCACAGGCAGGGAGGGAGGCAGGAGAGGACCCAGGGAGCUCUUGCCAGCAGCUCCACGGGGUUCCUCUCGCGAGGUUGGAGCCUUUCCAUGGCAAUGCUCAGAUCGCGCAAGAGUGAACUCUAGCCCUGCAGGCUAGAGUUCACUCACCACUAGGACCACCAAGGAUCAGGGAUGGCAGCAAGGGCUAUUUCCUAAUCUGCCCCCCCACCCCCACACACAAUCACUCCAAACAAAUUCACACACACAGCACCCUCAUACAUAGCACCCUCACACUAACAGCACCCUUACACACACAGCACCCUCAUACUAACAGCACCCUCACACACACACAGACAGCACAUUAACAGCACCCACACACACAGAGUACACUAACUGUUUCCUUAUCUUUAUAUGUUAAGGGUUGAGGUGCCAAUUGCUGUGCUUCUAUUACCCAAUAACCACUGAAAAGAUUUGUUUUAACGACUGAAUGAUGUUUUUUGCUCAUGCCUAAAAUUGCAUUCUGCAACCUUUUAAUCAUAUGCUUACAACAGAACAGAAAUGUUAACGAUUUACUCUUAGAUAUAAAUGGAAGGUUCUUCUGGCUCCCAGGAACUGCCUCCAUCUUGAUCUUGACUGCUUUGAUAAUGAGUAAUAACCACUGCAGCAAAAAGUAGUGGUUACGUUACUUUGAAUAUUUGUAUAAGAUCAAAUCCUUUCUUUAUAGUUUUUUUAAUGACACGGUUAGUUUUAGACCAUCAUCAUCAUCAUCAUCAUCAUCACUUGGAAUAUUCAUACUUAAGACGUUGACGUGUUUGAUUUAGCAGCUAUGAUUCUGAGAUCUAAUUGCCAGUCUCCAGUUAAAACUAUAACCCUCAACUGUUUGGGUAGAGAAUUGAACUAUGAUUCCGCACACUCCAUGACAAACUUCAGAUAACUUUGACUGUGGGUUCUGGAAAUACCUCUUUAUGAAGAAAAAGGAGGGAUAGAGAUGUAACAUUUCUGUGCAUGUUAAUAUCUUAUAAAAUAAUAUAUACAUAUUUAUGUUGUCAUUUGAAUUGUUUUAUUCUGCAGACUUGUCAAAUUGUCUAACCUUCUAUGUCUAACCUCUGUCCCUCUCUGUUAUGUAUAGCAUUUUGUAUGCUAUUGUCUGUCUCCUUGGGCACUGAAAUGAAGACAAAUAAAACAUUAGGCUUUAACUAACAUCAGAAAUCUGUACAUUUUCCUUUAGGCAAUGAAACUUUUUCUUACUUAUUUUCAUGUGUAUUUCCCUCUUCUUUGCAUUAUACAUGCACAUGAUUUUGCCAAGACAUUUUGUCUUGCACAAUAAAAGUGUAAUCUUUGAAAUGACAAGGAAAAUAUGCUUAAAAUAUGCCUAAAUCCUGCUGUCUUUUUCUUAGUUGCUGCUAUGCGCCUAAAAGUGAUGAAAAAAGACAACAGCGUAUCUACAUGCGCGCGGCAAAGGGUUUAGAUGCAUAAUAAGUAAAUUAAAUAUGUUUCUUGGUAUAGGGUUUAUUCACCAAUCAGUAAUCUACGUUUGAUAUUAAUAACUUGCAAAAUAUAGGUCAAAUUUAUAUACAUUUGAAAAAACAAAACAAAAAAAACUUUGAUUGUAGUCAUGUUACUAAUAAAUGGCAACGUUUUUCGCAACACUUAUAAAAUCACAAUUAAAACGCUGUAAGUACCAUAACCACUACAGCUCUGUUUUGGAUGUAUGAGGCUAAGGAUGGGAUCUACUAGUUUGCUAUAAAAAUGGGGCUCCCAUAUCCUGGAAUCUACUCUGUAAUACUGAAAAUGUGGACAUCACUCGUAUGCCAGGAAUUUCAGACCUUGCAAGGCUUUCAGACCCAAUGAGAGCCUUGUUUUUUGUCAGACUUUUCCAAAAUAGUCUGACAAAAAGCUAGGGAGUGGCACCCAUAAAUUUACAGUGCCAUAACUAAUACUAUAAUCCCUACUCGGUAUAAUGCUUAUGUGACUUUGUUCUUCAACGACCUGUGUCUGGAGUAUGCAUCAUCUCUGACCCGAGAAUUCUUCCACACUUAGAGUGCCCUUUUAAAAUAUAUUUUUAUAGUUUGACAUGACAAUUGUAUUUAUUAAAAAUCUAAUUAAAAAUAUUCAUCAAGGUUUAUGUAGUAUUAAAACCUUUACGCCCACAUGAUUAAUGAAGAAAAAGCCAUACAAGAGCAAGAUGGUAUUAUUUCAGACCAAUGGGUGAAAGAGAAAGGCAUAUUGCAUGAAAAUGUUAACCCCUUAAGGGGUUCUGGAAUAAAAGGGAAUCAUGACAUGUCACACAUGUCAUGUGUCCUUAAGGGGUUAAAGGAACACUAUAGGGCAGUGGUGGCUAACCUUGACACCAUAAAUGGUUUCUGGACUAAAUUUCCCAUGAUGCUCAGCUAGCUUUUAAACGCUAAAAGCUAGCUGAGCAUCAUGGGAAAUGUAGUCCAGAAACCAUUUAUGGUGUCAAGGUUAGCCAUCACUGCUAAAGGGGCAGGAGCACAAACGUAUUCCUGACCCUAUAGUGUUAAAACCAACACCAGAAGUGACUCUGUGAACCAAUCACAAUGUUUUCACACAGGGUUGGCUGAGACUGUCAAGGAGGCCGAUCAGGGGCAGAGUCAGCACAAGUCAAACAUAGUUGUGGCCAAUCAGCAUCUCCUCAUUGAGAUGCAUCUCUAUGCGGAAAGUUCAGUGUCUGCAUGCAAAGGGUGGAGACACUGAAUGGCAGUACUGCACACAGUAUGUAGCACUGCCCCAGGAAGCACUUCUAGUAGCCAUCAGAGUUAACCCUGCAUUUUCUCUGAUAGGACAGUGUUUACUGCAAAAAGCCUGAAGGUAAAGAUUCUACUCACCGGAACACAUACAAAAAGCUGUAGUUUUUCUAGUGAUUAUAGUGUCCCAUUAAUUUUCAAAAAGUGUUGCUUUUAUAUUGAUAGCAUAGCAUAGUAUAGUAUAGAAGAUACUUGGAACGACCUUAAAAAUAUAUAUAUUGCUCCAAGUGUAAAAUUGUUAACAAUGUAACAGCGAAUCACUUUUCAGAGCAAGAUUUAUGGAGGUAGAAAACAAGCACAUCUUACAGCGUCUUGUUACAUGAAUAGAUACCUCAAAUUUAGAUGCAACACACUUGCCAGUUGACCUUCUGUUAAGAAUGUAAUUUUUGUACCUAUUAUUUUGAAACUGCUGAGCAUCUUCUUGGAAUAUUAAAAAGAUAAUAGUGUUCUUAUUUCAUUUAAGCACUUGGGAUAUUAUGAAAUGUGUGAACAAUUGUAGAGAUUCACAGAGGGGACACUAUAUUUUUUUUUUCUUGCACCUAGUAAAGCUUUCAUCCUAUAAUUGUAUAAAUAAUUGGACCUCAAACAUUCCUUAGAGCUGGAUUUGACCUUUUUUUCCAAAAUCUCAAAAUUUUUACUGUGAUUUGUUUUUAGAUUUUAAAAUUACUAUAGUGCAUUUUUUAUGCAUUUUGGUCAUUACGGGUUUAAGCACUAAAAUUAAAAAUAUAAUCUGGUACAAUGUAUGGGCAUUUGGACACCAAAAUCUUCACCUUGAUCACAAGAUAUAAGAUCAGGAUUUUGAACAGCUUUUAAAUAAACAUGAAUGUAGUUUGGAUUUCAGCCUGUCCAAAUGCAACCAGGUAUCUGUAAUGAAAAAAUAUGAUUAAAAAAAACAAACAUGCUAUUAAUCUAAAAUAAAGUACACAGUUCUUUUGAGCCAAACAGUGAGUGGUAGAUAAUGGUCAAUUAUAAUAAUUGGUCUUUAGCACCAUUUACAUAACUAUCUCCUAGUAAAUAAUGGUUAAGUUCACAGAGAGUUACAUUAUACCCUAAUUAAUAAAACAAGUGUUUUAUUAUAUAAAAUGCAUUAUAUAUAUAUAUAUAUAUAUAUAUAUAUAUAUAUAUAUAUAUAUAUAUAUAUAUAUAUAUAUAUAUUAGUUAAUAUUUUAACCCUUUGCUGAUGGCUGAUUUUGCUGCCAGUUGAAAAAUAUUGUGGAUUUUUGGAGACCUUUUUUUUUGCAGAUUUGUCUUUACAAAAUAUGUUCAGAGUGAAUCUGGAUAAAAUUAAGUGUUUUUAAAGCCAACGCUGGAUGAUAAAGAAUAAGAUAUAAAAACCAAAGGAAAAAAGUUACCUGCUCCCUCUCCCAAAUCCCUAUGUAUAUUUAAACAAAUGGAGGUUAUUUAGUUACUCCAAUGGCCAUUACGUGUAAUUACAACUCCUGGAUUUACGUGUAAUGGUUCCUUACAUUUUUCUUGUAUAUUUAUAUAGUGAACUUGAAACAAAGCAGGAGAAAUAUAAUGCCAUAAUGUUUAUUUAUUUAUUUAUUCGCAGGUGACGCGGUAGCAAACAAAGAAUCUAUUGGAGCAAGACCUGAAACUGGAGAAGAACAUUGGUUCACACCAUAUGAACUCAGUUUCUUCCUAUCAGAUUAUUCCACACUUAUUUCAAUAAUUGCCUCCUAGAAUUUAUGUGGAUUAGGAAAAACAAUGUUUCUACAGGUUUCUGGAACUGGAAACCAGAGAUGAUUCAUAAGACACCUUUUCUGGUACAGAGAAUAAAAUGUAGUUCAAAUAUUGGAAUGAUGUAAUAUCAUGAACUGCGUGGACCUACAAAUCAAAACUGGAUUCCAUUUGUCUCUUGAAGGCCACUUGAUGAGGGUAUUUCAUUUUGGAUUAUAAAAAUUUGAAGGUCAAGUUGAAGACAAAACAUUGCCAUGGAUACUGACAAUCUACUUUGCUAUGGCAGUUAUGAAAAACUUUGCAGAACAAAAGUCUAACAUACUUAAAUAUUGCAAUGAUGAAGAAAGACAUUGUUCUAGUACCAACUUUAUUAAACAAAUGCUGUUUCUAACUGUAGUUAAAAAAUAGAACAUAUAAAAUAUUUUGAGUAGCUAUAACCUUUUUUCAUUAGUCCUUAAUGUUACAUUUGUAUUGUUUAAAGGACCUUUUAUGUUAUCUUUUGGUGCCCAAUUAAAUAACCUACCACUUCUCUCUACCAUUUCUCUCUACCAAUUAAAGAAGCUACCAUUUCUCUCUGUCCGUCAUAUCCAAUGUUCGUCAAAGGAUGGACCAUGUACUUCUGUAAUGCCCUUAAGAAAUCUGUAUAGGACAAACAUAAAAUGUUAAUUAGUUUUAGUAGACUAUUGCAGAGCUAUUUUUCUUGAAUAGAUUUCAAUGGCAGUUAUUUGAAAUAGUCUUAAAGAGAAACGGGAAAGAAUAUUAAAAGACGGAAGAUCUAUAAUU